GUCUUUCUCCACAUAGCGAAGACCUUUCCUCGUAAAUUUCUCGAGAAAAAGACAAUAAAAAUUUAAAUGGACGCUUUUUAUCUCUAGCGGUUUCAACUACAAUCAAAAAGCGUUCUUUCUCAACCUCUUCUCUCGCACUGGAAAAACCUGAGCUGUGAAAACAUGUCUGUUUCUGGGUCGGAAGCCUUUUCACCCACCGUGUGCUGAAAUGGUGAGUUUAGCUUUAAAAGUUUACGGCUCUUGUUGCACGACCUUCUGUUGCUUAAAAGUUAAACUUUCGUGCUGUUUUGGAUGCUAAGACUUUGAAAAGCACCAGGAAGGCUUCAUUGUUGAUGCAUUUGCCAUGUUUGAAACGGAGCACAUUAGGGCUAGUGAAGGAUAUUCUCAAGAUGUGGGGUGUUUGUGUGGUUGGUGAUGGGGCAUACAUGUGCUUGGCACCCCCCCUGCUCUCCAUGCCUGCACUGCAUUGGAGAUUUGGACUCAGGCAAAGCAGUAUGGUCUGCAGACACUUGCUGAUUAACACAACAUUUGCACAUUUCUCUACAUGUAUUAGAUGUAUAUUUUGGGUAUUAAAAUCAGAGGGGCUGUUGAAAACAAUCAAUAAUGUGCAAGAUGAUGCUGUAAGAAGUGAAAUGUGAAAUUAUAGGCCCAAUUAAGUCAUUUUUAAGCUGAUAUAGAUAUCAAUUUAUAGACAUAGAGUCAGCAAAAUGAUCUGUUAAUAAUCCUAAAUGCAUCAGUAGAGACCAGCAUUCAUGACAUGUAGUAAUAAGAGAUGUCUACAGUGGUCAGUAAGACAAAGCACAUGAACCUCUUUGAUGUAGUGCAGCCCCGGUCUUUGUUUGGUCUAGUUUGUGCAGCUGGAUUUCAGCCCUCUCUAUCUUCAUAUCACUUUACCUCACACAUCCUGAGGGGGGAAGACAGAAACCGGCAGAUCAAACCGUGAACAUCACACUUAAUCAGGAGUGAAGGCAUGAAACUCCUCCGUGAAUGGACACCUGGAUCAUAAGUGAUUGAGCUGUUUAUUCACGGUUUAUCAUGAUAAGGCGAGACGUUAAUCUUGCAAGGAAAAGUCCUGUAUUUUCACCUGUGAGUCAUGGGGAUAUUGGUUGAUCUUGUUACAACUUUCAGUCUUGAUUUUUCAAGGUUUUUUUAGUUAUCUUUACCCAUUUAAUGUAUAAUGAACUUAUUCACAUACAUAAAAAGGUGCCAAAACUUGUGUUCACACCUAAGUGUAAUGGAUAUUUUUUACCACAAGGUGUCACAUUUCAUCACUGGACCCAGGUGUCGAUGUAACAUGCCCUAAAUAUGUCCCUCUGGCAUGUCUCUUUGUCAUGUCAUCCUCACAGAAAACACUGAGGUUUAUUCACAGUAAAUGAUCCUCCAUGUAUAGUAAAGACUUUUUUUUUAAUCUAACCAUGAUUAUCCCAAUAAGAGUUAUUUUAUUAUUGAUAAGCUGGAUUCAAGCUAAAAGGAGAGAAUUUCCAUCGCUUCUUCUUCUUUCCUGGGCUUUUUUAGGGUUAGACAGACACCAGGUCUGAGGAAGAGUUUGGACAGGACAGGUGAUACUAUCCACACACUCCUUUGUCUAUUAUUAAGCAUUAUUCCAUCAUUAAGAGGACAAGGUUUUGCUCAAUCUGUCAGAGGACCUCUUCUCACUGCGCUCUGCUUAAUCGCCUGCUUUAAUACAAAUACGGAAGGAAGUGAAAUCUUCCUGUGAAUUUGGCAGCUUCUCCUUUACUGAUGUUAUUAUCUUUUAAAAAAAAAAUCCCUCACCAGUGUACUUAAUCUUAAUCACAGGUGACCGUUGCACACCUAUUGGGUUGAUUCAUUCAGGAUCUUUUGAGGUUUAUUUUUUUGAGUCAAAGGAGAAUCUUUCUUGUUUCACAUUCAUUGUGUUGCAACAACAUCAGAGUCUUGGGGCCUGAACUGCUGCAGGAAGGAAGGAACAGGUGUGGCAGCUGUAGAUUUGACAUCCAUAUCUUGAGAAAAACUUUUCAUUAGUUUUGCAAAACCUCUGACAUUUCUGCAAACUGUUGAUUACACAUACUUUGGUGAGGGAAUAUUCCCACAGGCAGUCACUCACAAGACAAGCCUGAUGUUUUUAGCCUUUUUGCGCAUUCAUACUUGCAUUAAAAAGGAUUCUUUUAUUCAAGUUUGUGUCUGAAAAGCCAUCAUAUGACUGGACAGUGUUGGCUUUGUGUUUCUUUUUAGUGCCCACAGGCUGUAACAGGACACUAAGUGCAUGAUGAGCCCCUCUGACCUGACUACAAGAGUUAGAGCACACAUCCCUCUGCAGCUGAACCUGGAGCUUAAAUCUAAGUAUUUGCCCAGCUGUAAGCCUGUUUGCCUUUAACAUGGCAUGUGUUAACCGCUAAUGAAUGGAGUAAUUAGAGCAUCGUAGUGAAUUAGGCUUACGUGAUGUCCCUGAUUGUCGGCCUCCCUCCUGGCAGGUCUGCAUUACAUCACGCCGACGCUGGUUAGCAGCUGCGGCUAUUUUGUAAAAACUUUAUUCAGUCAAGGUUUAAUUUUUGUGUGCAAAGGUCUGCCAUGUGUGGGAGGCAUUGUGCUGCCAGGAGGCUCCGCUAGUGAUUGAACUGGGUGAUGAGUAAGCCUCUUUGGUUCCGCCUCCACAUCCUCUUUACACAUCCUCACACACACACACACACACAGACACAUACAAAUCCUGGCAUGAGUGAGCAGUAUUGCACCUCAUGCACAGAGAAAGGAUGCAUGCAAAAAAGUAACAAAACGCAACAGACGCAGAGCUGGAGAGCUGCGCUACCCCUCCUCCUCCUCCUCCUCCUCCUCCUCCUCCUGAGAUUCUGUCUGGGAUCUGUCCCCACCGAAGGACAACCUCAUUGACUGGCUUUAUGAGGACGCCUCAAUGAAGCGAGACCACCGCCUUCUGUAGUGUGACCACAGAGAGAGAUUGAAUCACAGAUCAGAGAGAGAGAGAGGGAACCAGCAAGGAUGUCAGACUGAGGCUGGUUUCUGCCUACAGAAGAGCUGUCAUUUUUGGGAUCUGUUUAACCCACAGUUGUGUUUUUCCUGCGUUCCCUCGGGACUCGAGCACCUCUCUGAUGGAGGACUGAUCAGCUGAAUGUCAGGUAUAGUUCUGAUACUUCUGUGUUUGACAUUUGAGGACUGCUGCGGGCUUGUGGUCACGAAACAUGUCACCAGUUUGUCUCUGAAGGCUGAAAGAGGAAGCAAACGUAGUUGUCUAAAUUUCACUUCAGAUUCCAGUUGUGAUUUCAAUCUGUGAUUUUAAACAGAGCUUUUCAACCUUGUUGGACUGAAAAUAACAUACUCUAUCAUACUACGACCUUUUUUUGCGCAGGGUAACUCAUUCUUUUCAUUGCCAGUCAUGUUUGAUAUCCACAUAGCUGCACAGAUUACAUUCUCCUUGGCAUGUGAUGCCUUUAGUCUCUCCUCUGAAGUGUUUAUCGGCUCUCAUUCCUUUAACCAGAAGACGGGCUCCUUGUCUGACAGGAUCCUAGUUUCCCUACGCCAACUUAGAAAACACAUCUGCCAAGUCAGGAUGUGUUUGCGCACAGAAACAAGCUCAACCCUUCAGUUUGAUUGGCAAGCACAGCGAAACAUGCUAGCAAGCUGGUGUGAGAUCUGUCCGUGGAGAGGAUCUUUGACAAGUAGUAGUGCUGUCAGUUUGCUUGCUGCUGCUGCUGACAGAAUAUUGUGGUCAGAUGAGGAAGCCACAUUUCUGCAGCCUCGAAAUCAUAGGGGGAUAGAAUUGCCAGUUUAGAUUGAAAUAAAUUACAGGCAGGAGCUUAAAAUAGGUUUGUGCUCUCUUUUUUUAGCAGCCCCAGUCUGAUGAAAGCAAGAAUGUUGGAGGUUAAGGGUUAUUCAUGUGAUUUAUGCCAUUUUCACUGCAGUAGUACAGUUUGUUUUGAGGAAUCCCACUGGGUUUGGCUGCUGUAUGGGGAAAAGGGCUUUACAGUUACUUGAACCCCCAUAUGGACAUGCUUCUAUGCAUUUAACUGACAUAGAUAUCCUGUGAUAGCAGGAUAAUUUCUGUUAUUUAGUUGAGAUGAUCAUGAUUUGUGUCCCUGUAGUGGCAGAAGCACCAAUCAAACAACAAAUAAGCUUAACUCAUUAGCAUGGGCAGUGGUAGCAUGAUGCGAUUAUCAGAAAUGAUUAAGGCAUGUUCAUGUUGAGUUGACUAAGCAUCCUAGUUGGUAGCCAGGGCUGUAUCUAUAUGGCUACUUCCAUAAUGCUCUAGUUUUAUUGAGGUUGUGUCGACUUAAAACUAGAGAUGCACCGAUCCAACUUGAUACCGAUACCUGGGCUGAGCGUAUCGGCCGAUAUCCAAUACCGAUCCAAUACUACUGUUGAAUAAUUGAACUGUAUACCUUGCCCUAUGAGUAAAGGCAUCAGGCUUGACAUUAGCCUUAUUAAAAAAAAAAAGGUAAUAAAUGAACACAGAUAUAAAUACUUCAUAUUAUUUAUUAACAAAUAACAAAUUGCACGUUAGCACACAGCAAAAAGAAGUAUGACAUCCAUGUAUUAAAAGAAGACUGGAUCAGAAAGCUAGAUCGGCAUCAUUCAUCUGAUAUCCGAUCCAGUUAAUUUGUCAAUAUUGGAGCCGAUAUCCAAAUAUCGGAUCGGUGCAUCCCUACUUAAAACAGCAUUAGACUAUUUAACUAGUGCAACUAAUAACCAGCACAGACCUGUAGAUGUGAACCUUUAAGGCAUACUGAUGGUUGGUGAUGCUAGCUCCGUUAACGUUAGCCACACUCUGGAAACUAGCUUGACAUUGUUUCCCUGCAGGUGCUGUAAUUCUGCGUUUAGCUACAUCUGAAUGCUGUCUUACCUUGAGACUAGCUAGUUGGUCAGAAUUUUGAUUUACAUUAUUUAUGUCUUGUAAUGCAAAAGCCAAUUUUACUAUCCCAAGAUAACAAAUGCAGUCAGUUAAGAUAUCAGGAAAACAACAAAAAUCAGCUAACUGUCACAGAAACCUCUAAAACGAUAAAAUCUGGAUGCACAGAGCUUCUAUGCUGUUGUUUUUGCCUUGCAGAAACAGUGCAGGCAAGCUGGAUCAGAUUUGAAAAUUACAUCCUCCAACAACGCUCCUUCCUAUGAGCUUUUUUUAAAGCUCAUUUAUAUUUGGCGAAACUAAACACGAGCACCACGAGUCUCCGCAAGCUAACAAUGAGGGUCUUUUUUUUUUUGAGCACUUCAUUGAAAACAAAAACGUUUUUUUCUUUUCUGCAGAGGAAGCGCUGAGCUCAUUUCCGCGUGGCGCCGAUAUUUAGUUCAGGAACUUGCGAUGUCCUGUGGAAUCACGCCUGUGUGUAACCCCUGGCCCUCAUUGGUGGAAUAUGUGUACAGCUGCAGGGAGGAAGUUGCAGAGGGUACAACCGAGCAUUUCCUGACAAGGUGUGCGUACACUUCCUCUGUUGGGGUGUGCAUGUGUGUGUUGGUUGUAUUGAAUGGUUUUGGGGGUUUAGUUUCCUGUGAUGAGUGAGAGACUGUGGAGACGUUGUGUCAUUAUUAUAUCGGAUGAGAUUACGCCAUGGUAAACAUUUGCUAGAGUGGAUUUCUGAAGUGUCUUUUGCAUGUUCUUGCAUAUAUUAAUUUGAGUUUUCUUACGCCAUACACAGUACAUAUAAUUGUGCCAUUUUUGAGUGGUUUUGUGCAGCCUUGAGGCUCUCGGACUCGGCAUUAGCAGACCGAACGAGUGGCCGCCAUGGAGACCAGAAAUACCCAGGGUCCUUGAAAAAGAUGAGCAGUGUUGCCAAGUGAGCAAGUUGCAUUUUAAUCCUUGUGGUUUUUGGUGCAGCGUGUUUGCCUUUCCUCCAUCUUGACACUGGAAGUGGCGUUGAAAUAUCCACUCAGCGUCCCAUAAAAUGAUCCCUAUCUCUCCUCUUGAACCCCUGCAUCUCCUGUGAAUGAAGAGCACCCUGCAUCCUUCCUCAGCGGCCACCAACAGAUGCAUCCUGCAGCUGCACGCUCCUUCCUGUAUGCACUCAGGCCGUUUUUGUCUGAAGACGUUGCCACAGCAAAGUUGAGACACCGGCUGAAUUUAAAACAGGGCAGCCCUGAAUGGAGCAACACUGGUUGGCUGGCAGAGGGUUGCUGUUUCCUUUAGUCCUAUUCUUGCUGUGCAAUCAGGGAAUUUCAGAAUGAGUGACUAUUUUCUUUCUUUUUUAUAUUGUCUAAAUAAAUCCCAGUUUGUGUUGUUGCUUUAUUGGCCUCUCGAGCAGUGUGACGCUUUCCUAGUAGACAUGCGGGGUAAACAGCCACUCUGAUGAGUUGCGUUGAUUGGAUCUCCAGGAGGAUGUUUAUGACUGAGGGCUAUUUCUACUCAGGCCUCCGCCCCGGCUGCCCGCCUGCUCUGCUCUGCACCAGGCCUGCCCGUGAACCCAGUGUGUCUGACAAACCCCAGCAAACAAUCAGAGAGUGAGUGCACCAUGGUCUUGCAGCAGAGCUGAAAGACUAUAAGGUAGGACUGAGGGUUUUUGUGAUGGAGCAGUUACAGUUUGCAAACUACUUUAUGAACUGCAGCAACGUCGAGGUUUCAUUUCCUUUAGAGGCCGAUAAAACUGCAGCCUCCGUCAGGAAGUGCCCGUUUUUUUUUGCCGUUUUUACAAAUAGCAACAUCACAUGGUACAAGACAUAUGAAGUUCCAGUGUGGAUGAGAACAUUUGGAGGGCCUGUUGUUGGAGUGUUUUAUAGCCUUCAACGCAGCCACAUAGGAACAUGCACAUUAUCAUGCAUGACUGUGGUGGUGGGUAAAGGAAACCUACUGAUUAAAUGUCCUUAAAGUGACAGAGAUUGAAAAAGAGUUCGCUAUGUAGAUGCCCUUCACUCUCAGGAAUGUACAGACUGUAAGCUCUAUUUUCAGUCCAGAUUAAACAAAGAGGGCAUAUAAAAGACAUGUACUAACUUUGUUUCAUAUCAAACUUUAACAUAUUUGAAACAGGACAACGAAACCGAGACAAGACUGCAGCAACCCACCACUCCUCAGGCUAUCACCAUAACGCUGCAGUACCUCACUACCUGGAUGUAAACAAGCACAGAUGACAUCUUAUUUCAUAUCAACUAGAGGGGAUCAAGGUUUAGUGGUGCUUGCACUGCUGGUGUAAACUAAUUUCACAAUGCCUGUGGACUAUGUGAUCCUGUGUUUAGCGAUAGUAAGUUAAUCGGGUCUAAUUUUGUCUGUUUUCUGGGUGUUUCUUACUAGUCACGGUACUUGGUUGGAAUUUUAAUUUCUGUGCAAACAACAAGGAAAUUAGUCGCUGUGGAGCAUCACACAUUUAAUUUGGACCAGCAUCUUUAACCUGAAGUACCAGAAGGUCUCAGUUUGACAGUAGAUGGCAACUUACAGUCACAGAAGCUUAAUUUUGACUUUUGCGAAAGAAACAGAUUUUCUGGUCACUUACUUGAUAAAAAGGUCUUGAAUUUGCCACAUCAUGUUACAGAGUUCUGAAAAAAGUCAAAUGGCAAAUUUUGUCAGGUCUGUCUUUAUGGAGACUGUCUUUAAGUUUUGGGUUUUGAUCUACAACCACACUUCCAAUAGAACUAGAUGGCUAUGUUGAAUGCAGAAGAAAACAGGAUUAUGUUGCUCUGGAUUGGCUGCUUGUCCCGAUUGUACACUGCCUCUUGCCCAAUAAUGGCUGCGAUAGGCUCCAGCGCUCCUUCAACCCCCAAAAGAAUAAGCAGUAAUGAUAGGAUAAUGGAUAUAUGGAUGGUUUCAACAUGAUUUGUUGUCUUUGCAGUAUUUUAAAUGAAAUAUUCAUGGUUUCUGUUAUUUGCAAACCAUCAAAUUCUGUCUUUACCAACAUUUUAUGCUGCGUCAUAAUCACACAGUGGCGGUGUACCUUCUGCUUGCUUUUGCUCUCCAUAGUUCCUGUUUUCCAUACAUACACCAAAGCCCGAUUAUAAGUGGUUUCUCAGGUUAUACACAUAAGACUAGAGCACUUCCUUUAAUGAAAAUCCAAUCCUCUCAUAUCCUAAUUUUUCAUUCAGAGGACAGUUAAAUACAGACAAGUGAUGCAUCCUCAUAGAUGAAGUCAUACCUAGAAAAUGUUUAGAUUUUUCCAUGAUGACGAUGAUGAAGAUGAAUACUUUGUUUGUUGAUUACUUGAGUGAUACUUCCAGUGCGUUCCUUUGUACUGCCGUCUGUACAGUACAAAAGUCAACUGUGUCGUCUUUGUGUGCAGCCUGUCCCUGUGAAAGUGAGCUGAUCUUUAGCCAUCUGGCUGCCAGAUGUACCACUAUUUCCCCCGGUCCCCUCCAUAGAGACUUGAGUUACUAGCAUGAAUCUGCUCCUCGACAUCAGUCAGGAGAUAGGAAGAGCGCAGAGAGGAAGCUUUCCGAAAGCCCAGAAUCCUGAAGUUUUUAUUUUUUUUCCUUGUGCCAAGCAACCAGGCACUGCGAGCUCCCCAAAGGGGUGUUUCCCACCGGCCGGGGAGGGGUAUAAAGGGGGAUCUAAAAGAGGAAGAUUUCUUUUAUGGAUGUGAUGCCAAGUUCUCACACUCCUUUGGACCAUGGCGGAAAACAAGCAGCAAAGAAAAGGAUCUCGGAGUUCGGAUCGCUCCUCAUCCCAAACGUAAGAAGUAAAACUUUGUUAGAUUUGAUCAGAGUGGAGUUACAUUUGAGUUUCGUGUCUCGUGGUGGUUCCUGAAUUCAAGCAAAAGAGAUGCUUUUGGUAUGUGGUGGGGACUUAAAUAGGUUUGGCAGCUGGAGCUCAGUUUUCUUGAAAACUUGGCUUCCUUUUAGGGAACUUUUUAGAAACUUCUGCUCCCUUUUCCUCUGAAGUCUUUUUACUUUUUUAGUAGUUUCCUCAGAGUAGCACAAGCUGUAAAAACAUUUCAGUCAUUGCCUCUGCACUUCAACCACGUCAUUAGACAAAGUAGCCAACACAUCAUUAUUUUUUUUUUACCCUCCUAUCGAGAUCCCCUCCACCAAAUCAAAGGCUCGGGGAGUAAAAGGUUGACCUGCCCACUCAGAUCCAGACUCAACAAAGAGGAGAGUAGUGGUGACUCAGCCGGCACUUCUCUCCCCACAGAGCCUCCCUGCACAAUGAAAGUGCACUUUAUUCAGAGCUGGAGAUCACACAGAGGUGCUUUGAGCUCAGUCCACCCUGCUGUUCCCUCUCAGCUGUCUCACAUCAAGUAGAUUUUGAAGUUGCAGCUGCACUGUUACAGUAUCUGCAAACCAUGACAUACUUUUCUCCGGUGUGUCAGGUUUCCCUGAUCUGUUUGUCGGAGCUUCCUGACCAGCUCCGUGCUACACGUGAGGCUGAGGACUAGUGUUGUCCCCGCCGCUUGUCGGGCUUCUAGGACUCAUUUGUUUAUCUGGAGAGCUCGCUGCAAAGCGAACUGUUUAUUCAAAGAGGAGGAGGUUUGUUGGAAACCUGUGGCUGGCUCGUGUGUGGGGGUCUGAGUGCUUUGAAUCAAAUAUAAAUACAGCCUCACGCUCGACUCUUAUCUUAUUAUUAAAGAGUACAGAUAUGAAAUUAAUGGUUAUCAUAAUAUCAGGGCUGAGCACACUGGGGAAUUUCCUGAGCUUGUUUGCUAAACUUCUGCAUGAUGUAUCAUCUGUUGAAAGACUACUCUUGUUACAUGACAGGGUUAAUCAGCCAGAGAGCCAAAACUGGCUCCUUGUCGGAUACAGAAAUAUUAAAGCCCCUGUGAGGAAUUUUUUGACAUUCGUGAAAAAGACCAAAAUUCAUGUUGAUACCUUCUCAUGACACAAACAAGACCAGAAGCGGCAAGAUUGACAACUUCUAUAUUGUUAUUCUUAAUGCCUCAACCUGGUGUGAAGGAGUAGGUGUCAGCCAGGUAUCUAAAUAAACAGCCCUGUGUUUUAGGGGUGAGAUUUUAGUCAGGAGACUCUACUUAAGCAAGCACAAAACAAGCAAAGACAGCUGUCUAUUGCAGGGACCAACGCUGAUACAGACUGAAAGUUCCUCCCAGGAGCUUUAAAUAUGUGAUAUCUUUUCUAUUUUAUUACAUAUUAUAAAUCUACUAGAGGAGCUGGAGAAGUGUUUAAAUAUAGAAUGUAGAACUUAAUUGUAUUCAAUUUUAAUAUGUAGAAGUUGAUAAUGUACCACAGGUGAUUAUGGGAAUAAAAUCCUGAGAGGGUGAGCCAAGAUCAGUAUUUUUAUCAGCUUACGUGCCGGUUUGGUUAAAAUUUGUGUAAAGUCAAACAGACAUGUUUUUUCAUUGUUAUUUUUUACAGUGACAUUUCUAUAAGUUCCUCUUCCCUGUAUGUUUUGUUGGCUUUUUUAACUCCUGUAUUACUGUCAAAACUCAACUCAACUUCAUUUGUAAAGCACUUUAAAACAACCACAGCUGAACAAAGUGCUGUACGUAAAUAGACAAAACAACGCAGACAUAAAAACAAUCAAAAAACUAUUAAAAUAAUGGAUAAAAUAAAAGCAGAUUUUAAGAAGUGAAAUAUAGUUUCAAUGUUUUUAAAAACUAAUUUAAAAACAUAGAAACAAAUAACUAAAAACAAACCACCCACAAAAACCCACUCUAUGUUGCAUUAACUUUGUGUUUGUUUUUUUCGAUUUGUUGGAUGUACUUUUCGUCGAUGAUCUCUGCCUGGUCUUCUUCCCUUAUUCCUCUGAUUUUGACUGACCAGAGUGAUUUUUCCUUUUAUUCAUGUAGAAAAUAUUUCACUGUAGUGCCCUUAAAUAUUUCACUCUUUUGACAGCAAUGCAGAUCCAGUGUAAUUUAGACCUACCUGACCCUCUGCUAUGAUGUGUUUUCACACAUACACAUGCAUACAACUGUCAGACAAUACCAGCACCAUCCUUAACCUAAUCUCUCCCUAUCGGUUGCUGCUGUUGUCUACAGGCGGCUCAGUGAGUCAGAUCAUUUCUGCAGGAGUGAAUGUUAAAGAUAAAAGUCAUCAAGUGUUUUAUCGGCUUAAAUAAUAUCUAAAAUGAAGGGCACUUCUUGAAAAUGAAUGUGUUUGUUAUGUAAUGUCAGUGACAAAUCACUCCUGCGUUGAAGCGUGAGACUUUCACCAAAUAGCUUUUCACACUUCUUAAAUCUGUCACUGUUUUCCUCCUCCCCACCUACUGUAUGUGUUUGCACCGUGUGGGUUUGUAUGUCAGCGCGUUUGCUUCCUGUUUCUGAGUCCGCUGCGAUGUCAUUCACAGCUGCUUGUGGAGCAUGGGUACAACUGCCAGCGCAGCGCCACAGCCUGUUUCCGUAGCGUCCCCACUUGAGAGUAUCCACGGCAACGGGAUGGCCAACAGCAGGCAGUCUUUGAGCAUGAGCCCCUUUCAGACGGUCAGCAUCCACAACAACAAGGCCAAGUCCAUUAUCACCAACAAAGUUGCACCUGUCGUCAUCACGUAAGUCCCUCCUCGAAUCCGCGUUCUCACAAUUGGGUGUUAAUCCUCUUUGAUCACUGUGGGGACCCCCUCCCCUCAGUACCACCCCCCUCAGCUGAAGUGUUUGCCCCUGUUAUCAUCUCAUUUGUCAAUUCAGGCCUGGCAAACAGCAGCUGAUAAUUGAAUUGACCCCCAGACCUGCUGCUGUUCUGUCCUCAGGUAUAACUGCAGACAGGAGUUCCAGAUUCACGAUGAUAUCCUCAAGACCAACUACAAAGUGGGCCGGAUAUCAGACAACAUGCCAGAGCACUACCUGGUGCAGGUGAGUUUUGACACGCAGCACAAACCUCCUCCUGCCACACUGUCGAAGCAGGAAGAUGUGGAUUCACCUCACCUGCCUCUGAGCCCCGCUCUUUUCACAUUCACGCGUCCAAAUCGCAGAACGGCACAGGAACAUUGUCAUGCGAUGUUUUAUGAUGUGGGGCGGCUUUUGAAACAGGAAUGUUGUCACCUUCUUAUUGCUGCUUUGAUCUGCUCCGUCACCUCUGCUCUGUCUGUUCAGACCGGCAGUGUUUGUCAGUGUUAACACACAGACUCUGCCUGCAUCUCAAUCUGGAUUAAAGCCGGUUUAUUACAGAGAGGGUUAACAUAUUCAAGAAAUCUGCCCUGGUGUUUCACUUGAUCAGCAAUAAUCAAAGAAGGAAUGUAAGAGUAAAAAGAUAAAAUGAGAAGUCUGUGAAGAAAGAAAACCCACUUAAAAAAACAGAGUUGUAUUUACUUUUAAGUGUUUUAAAAAGCUUGCAGAAAGUACAAAAAAACAACAUUAUGAAACAAUGGAAAAAUGUGCAGUAAACAGAUACAAUAAUACAAUAUGGCAGCAGUUUUACUUCAGGGAGAUCAUGACCAAAUUAAAAAACACCAUACAAGAAUUUUUUGCCAUGUUAUAUUGUGGUCUUUCAUUGCAGAAUUUGGAAAACUACAAAUUAAAGCUCUUGCUUAUAUAUUAUUUUUUUUAGAUUUAAUUUUUUCCUAUCAAUAAAAACAUAUACAGGAACACAAAAACACAAGAACACAAAGGGGGCGAACACUACUUUGUAACAUAGAUAUGCCCUUUUGUCCGUCUUACAGCAUACAGCUCUGUUUUAAUUCUAAAGGUCCUUACACACCGGGAACGAUGCAAAUAUAUGUCGUAAAAUUACAAAAUAUUUGGAGGCGAAUUUUGACGCGUCUGACUAUACACAUCAAGCGCAAUGUGAUUUUGCGACUUUCCAGAGGGAAAAAAGUUGCGUCCCGGAUGGAAGUGAGAAGAUUGACACAACAGCAGACUGACUGUUUUUUCAGUUCUGAUUAGACUCUAGUGUUGAGAUGUCUGUCUGUCAUGAUAGCAUGUACUGAGUCAGGGCCAGUACUAGAUAAGCACAUUAAACUAUAAUCCAUAAAUGUAAAGUAACAACCGAGACCUAAUGGUGCUGUGACAGCAACGUGAUUGAGUUUAAAACAGUGAAAAUACAUAUGGUAUGUUGUAUCUGAACAGGUUAGCUUACGAGCUAAAGUUACUUAGCACAGAUGAAAAUUAAAACAAAGACGUUUAGCAAACUGUUAAAGCACACAAACCAUCGUCAUAUGAGAAAUCCGACACUUUGACUCGCCACAAGUUCUCCUUCAGGUCGUUAUCUUUGUAAUAUUUGUGACUUUUAUCAAAAAGCACUCUGUUCUCCGACAAAUAAAUAAUCAGCUGGUUGGCCAUGUUGGAUAUACCGGUGAAUCUGACGUCGCAAAAACACGCAAUCUGAUUGGUCAGAAGUGGACACGCAGUAUGCGAAACUUUAGAAAAUUCGACCGUGAUACGAAAAAAUAAAUGCCGCAAUAUCGCAGGACGGAAAAACGUCGCUGAUAGCCAGUGGUUCAGUCCAGGUGGGUCAGUUCUCAGCCCCUGUGAGAUUUUAAAAGCUGGUUAUGAAUCAAACUACAUUAGCUAUCAUUGAGCUUAAAAAGCUAAAAAGGACCAUGAGUGACAAUACUGAUUAUUUCUGUGAACUCAUUGUAAAGUUUAUAACAACUGUUGAAGGGUAGGUGUGAAUUUGCCGACAUUUUUCAUCAAAUUUGUAAGAGAAGAUUUUUCAACAGACUGCUCCACUAGAUCAAAUCUUUAAAGAGAUACAAUUUUGACCACAGGGGGCGCCAAAAUCAAUGCAAACAAAGAAUUCCUCAAAUUUCAGAUGAAGCCCAUCUUCACACACAUAAUAUUUUUUUUACAAUAUAAUCAGGCUUCAAGAGUGAAUGUAUAUAACACCAUCAAAGCGACAUGAUUGGCUUCAAAUCAAAGCUAUGCAUUCUGGGUAUCUACCCUGUUGCUGUGCUCUCUAUCAUAACUGAACUAUUGAUGAAUCUAAGGGAGUUUUGAAGAUACUGCGCCACAGCUGUAAGAUGUUUUUCUACCUUCCUUGUGAUGCUGUUAUCUUUUGUUAAGUGGUGCAUCACUGGGUGUCAGGUUGACCUAUUAUUAGUGUAAAUAUUUGUCUUUAUUUUCAUUAUGGUCAACAAUUAUAAAAGCAAAGGCCUUACUCAUCAUGUUUGUGGUUAGUACACUCCUCCCUUGAGUAAAUACCUUCAUAAGUUGUAAAUGUCAAGAUCAGCGGCGGAAGAUUCAGUGAGGGAGUUGUUGAUGGUGCAGCUCCCCGACCGGCGGCAAUCUGUAUUUAUGUUUUUGUUAAUCUUUAUAGAAACCUCAAAUAAUAAAUCUUGAAGAGAUGAUGAGGGCGAUAAGAGAGUGAUUUCAGUUGUUGAGACAACAGUGGAAUCAGACCGUAUCAGUUUUGGUAUUUGCAGACUUAGAGAGCCAGAAAAACGUACAGCUAUGUUCUGAUUGUGAACAAAGUCCAAGUGGGCACAUGUCAUUUGCAGGUUGAUAUUUUCAGACAGGUGCUUUAAUGUUGUGUGAAGGUCGGUCUUACAAAAGCUGCAUUGCUUUCCAGGAGGAGUACUUCAUGGUCCAGGAUGUGUACACUAAGGCAGAUGUCCUGAAUACAACUGGCAGCUAUGGAGCACCCAACUUCCGCCAAGUGAAGGGGUCAUACCCGCUGUACGGAAUGGGCCAACCGAGCCUGAGCGGCUUCAAACAGGUCCUCCAGAGACUCCAAGUGCAAGGACACAAGGUUAAUUUCUCUCCCAUGUAUUCAUACAGUCAGAUCCCAGGCUAACUCUCAUACACAAGCAAAUAGGAAUUCUCCACAUGCUAUUUGUGGUUUUCUUGCCCUUAAUUCUCCUCCGUCUGCUUCUGUGUGUCUCUGCCUGCCCUCCUUCUAUCUGUGUUGUCAGUAAAUAUUUGAGGAGUCAAGUACUGAGAGGAGGCUGUGGCUGAACUGUUGCAGUGAGCAAACAAAGUUGCGGUCGUUUGUACCAGUGGAAAAAGAAUCUCUUUGCUUAGAACAGCAAGAAAAACGUACCCCAAUUAAAAUGAAAUUGACAAAAUUAUACGUCAAGCCUCCUCUAAAUCCUUGCUGCAUGUCGGAUGACAACUGAUUGUUUCCAGUUGCGCUUGAUAUUGGUGUAAAAUGUAAAAGGAAAAAAAAAAGGCCAAUAAUUAAAGCCUGUCAUUUGGCCUUUUUCAAACAGGAGAUCAUAUUUUUCUGUGUGAGGGAAGAGCCGGUGGUUUUCCUGCACAAGGAUGAUGACUUUGUGCCAUAUACCCCGAGGAGGAAGGAAAACCUUCAUGAGAACCUUCACGACCUGGAAAAGGAGGAGCUGGUGGAGAGUCUGGAGCUCACUAUCAGGAAGGAGGUGACGCAUUACUCAGCAUUACUCAGCAUUACUCAGCAUCUGGAUGUGAUGGAGUUUUUUGACUUGAUACAUUAAGGAUAGAUGUCUAGAAAGUAAGUUAACUGCCUCUUUCACAGGUCCAGGUACAAAGGCAUUUGGAAUUCCACGUAACAUAGAACAUAGAAAAGUGAAAUUAUAUAUAAUCACAAAAACUGUUCUACACUUAAUUUAUUCUAACACUAUUCAAAAGUGUUAACUCUGUGACACGUAAAGUAGAACUCCAUUAAAACAAUAGAAGAUACAUGUAUGCUUGUUCAGAUAAUUAUUGCAGAUCAAAAAUUGCAAGACAAAAUUUUACUCUUCAAUUUUUUCUAACUAUAAAAUAUGUAAAAAAAAAUAAUACAUUUUUUGCAUUUGACAGUUUAAAAAAAAAAGACACAUGAAAAUUAGACAUCUUUUAAUAUUGAUAAUGAUUAUUAGACGUGAAAAGAUGUGAAAUAUUGAACAUUAUUAAUUCACAUGAAAAUGUAUGCACGCUAUUGCACAAGAAACUGGAAUCACUUUUAUCGCUCAUAAAAAUUCUUGAUAUCAAUCAAUUCACAUGAUUUUUUUUUUUUAAAUUGCUGCACAUGAAACGAGCAAAUUUAUUACUGCAUAGAUAGAUUGAACAUGAAAUGAAAACCUAUUUUUUGCAAAUUCCUGCCCUAUUGACUGGACUUGAAUAAUUUUUACUGCUAUUAUUAUGCAUAAAUUUUGCACUUAAAUUAUGGCACCGUAAACUUUAUCUACACCUGAUUAGCCUCCUUUAUCGCUCAUGAAAACAUUAAAUAGACAUUAUUGCAUUUCAAAUUUUACUCCUUAAAAUUUUACACAUCUUCCAUCAGCCAUAAAAACCUUGUAGGUCAGUUAUUGCGAAUUCUGUUAAUGUUAAUCGUAAUUUUUCCAGUGUGAGGUUAUCAUCUCUCCAUUUAGUACAUAAGAUGGGUGCUGUUGUGGUUUCUUCCCCUUGUAAUGUCCUGGGCUCUAAACUAUGAUAUAGCAUUCUAAAAACAUUCUUUGUUCUUUUCUCGCAGCUCCACGAUUUCGCCAAACUCAACGAAAACAUCUUCUACGUCUACAACGACAUCGAGUUCUUCAAAGACGAGCCGCAGAAGAUCUCCAUCACAUGUGAGGAGGACAUCCAUGUGACAGAGGAGGUCUAUAAGAGGCCCAUGUUCACCAUGCCGGCCUACAGGUUGUUUACAUUGUUCCUUUAUUAGCCUCUUCAGCUCACGUAUUAGUUUACACAUGCCUGCCUGCUGUAAGGACAGGUUAUAAAUAGUGGCGCUUAUCUGUGCAGAAAACUGGUUGCUAUGCUUUUUUUUAUUUUUGAAGAAAAAGAGGAGACUGAAGAUUUAAACUUUAGAUUGUUGCAGACUGUUUCCAUUCAGUGUCCCCUUUUCAUGAGAUGUCACGAGUUGAUCAUAACGUUUCUGGGACACAGAGAGCCUUCUCUUCAUGUGCAGCCAAAAAAGGAAGCAGGCUUUUUUAUUGCGGUGAAUCUGCAAUUUUAAAAGGGGAUUUUUUUUUUGAAAAAGAAGAUUCACUGGUUUGAUAUCUCUUAACAUCCCUUUUUUUUCGUGAUGAGGAAACACAACACAAGAGAGCUCAGCUGUCUUUUCUAGGUCAGAUGAGUGUACGUGUGUUGUGCUGUGACCUAUAUAAGAUCAAUAUUGACAAAAUACAGCAGGCAGAUCUCUUGGUAACAGUCCUGUUUUGUCGCAGGUACUACAGAUUACCGCUGCCAACAGAGGGAGCACCGCUGGAAGAAGACUUUGAUGCAUUUGUUAACAUACUCAGGGUAAGGCCGUGUAAAUACACCAAUCAUAACAACUCUCACCUUCUUACCCCUCUGGACCGAAUCUUGUUUUGAUGUGUUUUUAAAGUUAUUAAUUGCUGGAAUAUCAGGAGAGCACCUGGAUGUUCUCACCGAGGCAGAGAAAAGGUCAAAGCAGCUUUUUUUUUCAUCCACAUGCUGCCUCUUGAUUUAGUCCAGUCGGUGCAAUCGCUCACUUAAAGGUGUUAUAGUCCUGAAAUAAAUGGCAGAAACCUGCAGGGCUGUUCUCACUUUAUGUCCGCUCUUUGGUCAUCCGCUCUGUCUGGUUUCCAUCCUGCUCUUCACUCACACAGGAUGUACUUUUCUUCUUGUUUUGGCCUUUUUUGGACUGACAGCAGCAGGAUCGGCUUCCUCAGGAUGAAAAGUUGCCCUUUUUACUCUUAUUAGAGCUUAAAUAAGAGAUUUAACACUUUGAUUCACUGAUUUGUUUUGUCAUUUUCACUUAUUGUGUUGUUACUCUGGGAGGUUUGUGUUGGACGGUUUUAGUUUAACUUCCUAGAUCCUCUCCCUUCUCCUUUAUGUGGCCGUUAAAAGGUUACAUAAACACAGCUUCCUCAUCUCAGCUUGCAUUUGUCUGGUGAUCUGCAGUUAAACACACAUAAAACCCUAUGCUAAACCAGUUUUACCACCACAAUCAACUAACGGAUUCAUCUCAAUCCUCAUGAUUGCAUCUUAAAAAUACACCACUCUUCAGCUUUUCAGAUCUAUCGUCUCAUAUCUGCUCUGUUUUCCAGGAAAGCACCAGCUUAUCCAGAGGCCAUGAUGCACCUGAACACCUGCCCGCUUUGCUCUUCAGCUGCCAGGUGGGAGUCGGCCGCACCAACCUCGCCAUGAUCCUCGGCACCCUGGUCAUGAACCGCCUGAAGGGGGCGUCGCAGACAGAACCUCAGUAAGACCAAGUGCAGUUUUGCCUUUUUUUCAGAUUCAGGCUAAACAGGACUUGACUUAAGCUGCCCUGUUUUACAGAGGUGAGGAGACGGCAGCGCCAGAGCCAAAACCACUGUUCAAGGUCAUCCAGACUCUGAUCAACAAGCUGCCAAAUGGGCAGAAAGUCAUGGAGGAGGUAAGGCAGAUAGCUUACACUGUCUUCAAAAGGUGAUUUUGUCAUUUCAAUGCACUAAACAUGACAACUGGUUAUAUGACAUGUUAUUAUUGUCCAACAGGUUGACCAGGCGAUCACUCUGUGUUCAGAAAUGCACAACAUAAAAGAAGCAAUAUAUGAAAACAAGAGCAAACUGGAGGCGAUCGGAGAGGAUUAUAAAAUUCAGGUAACUCCUCACUCAGCCUGAAAAGACAACAGCGUGUGUGACGUGGAUAGCUCUUGAGUCACGCUCAGCUUGGCAGAAAUCAAAAGAUGAUGAUGCUUAAAAAGUCCUCAGAGUUUGGGCCCUUGUACUGAUGCAUUUUGGGUAGUUGUCUCUCGCCUGUCUUGAAAUCAGCGGGCUGUGGUAGAGGCUGUGGUUGAAAAAAAGAAACACUGACAUGACUCGAUCUUUGUGUUUCUUAGGGAAGCAGUACCAAAGACUACUUUCUCAACAGAACCAUGCAGAGCUUGGAGCGCUACUUCUACUUGAUUGUGUUUAAUGCGUACCUACACGAGCAGGUGAGCUCAGUUUUCUCUCUGGAUUUGAGUACAAAAGCUGUAAAAAUAAUCCUCUAAAUUCUGACUGUGCGUCCUCUGCCUCUGCAGUAUCCUCUUGCCUUCGUGUCAAACUUCAGCCAGUGGAUGUGCUGCCACGCUUGGCUGUACAGAUUACUGGCCUGCAUGGACAUAUCCGAGCUGUCAGCCCCCGCAGAGCUGGUCACUAAAGGAGCUCGGGUUCUGGUAAUACCUCCGUCUUCAUGUUCGAAGACACAGUUUUUUUUUUUAAUUCUGAUAAACCUCUCCUCGCUAUCAUUUCCUUCACAUCUCUCACAUCGUCCUCCCACGCAGUCAUGUAAUCAUCUUGACUCUCAAACUGACUUUACAUUAUAUUUAUGCAUAAUGUAAAUGCGCGUGUUUCUGUGCAGGUUGCUGAUGAGUGUUUGGCUCCUGACCUGCUCAGCACGGUGAAGGAGAUGAAGGCGGUCAAUUUCAGACGAGUACCUAAGAUGCCUAUUUACGGAGCGGCUCAGCCCACAUCAGAGGUACAACAGAUUCACUCACACUCAUGCCUUAUUUAUCAAAAACUGACAUCUUGAGGAGCUGAGAAUGAGAUUAUUUGCGUAACAGAAUAUUUAUACUGUUGAGGGAGGAUUAUUUGUAAUACUCAAGUCUACAAAUCGUCAUUCUUGGAUUUAUUAGCGAUUUUAUUCGACUCAAAUCUCAAGUGCAAACUAAAUUUCCUUGUCAGUUCUUGUAAUCUUCUCCAAAAUGCAUCCCUGAAGUCAUGAAUAUUUAUAACUGUACAGACAGACUCAAGAGGAAUGACUCAUAAUGAUUUUCGGACACUUGCACGCCCACCUCAGAUCCUCCAGCUGGACUUCCAGCUCCUCGCCAUCUAAUCUAAUCGUCUGUGUGUGUGUGUGUGUGUGUGCGUUCGCAGGCUACCGCAGCAGUUCUGGCCCAUUUGACGGAUGAGAAAAGGAAGCAUACUCAUGUGCUGUGGGUCAACCUGCAAGAGGAGCUGGUGCUAGAAGGGAACGGGCAGAUUUUCACACCGAGGGAGCCUUCGUCUCAGGAUCAGCCCGUUUCUAUCCCAUCCUCUGACCCACAGAUUAUAGAGGUAGAGUAAAAGCUGUUCUAUUAUGGCAUUUCUACUUUUUUAUUUUGUUUCAGCUGAUGCGAAAGCGCUCGUGUGUCUCCUCUUUAGAAACUGGAGACGUCGCUGAAGGAGGAGGUCUUGCGGGCUCAGAAGUGGCUGGAGGUGACGCUGGAGCAGGAGAAACAGAUGAAGAUGUUUAAAAGCUGCUUGACGGUUCAAGAGAUGUUUAACCAGCACAAAAGCUCUUACCAGGGCCUCGUCUACAAAAGAAUACCACUGCUGGACUGUAGUGCACCCAGAGAGGAGGUAAAGAUGUGAAAGGAGGCAGAAACAUACAUGCACACACACAUACUCAUCCUUCCUGUUAUAUGGAAACCCUUAUCGACACUGAUUUGGUCCUUGAAAUGCUCACCUAUCAUGUAAACCUACUUCUAUCCUGCACAUUAAAACUGAGUCCCCACUUUUUCCUAACGUCCUCACUCUGGUUUUUGAAAAGUCACGGUCCCCACAUUGAUAGAUAAACAGGCGUGAACAAGCUGACUCAAAAUGCAAAAGUCUUAGAGAGUACUGCGGCAGCUGCUUGUCAAGAGGAAGGGUAAUAUUGAACAGGCUUUGUGCUCCCUCUAGUGGAAGAGAAUGGCACUGUUCGUCACUGUAACAUGCAAUUUCGCUUAAAAGGCUCUUAUUAUCUCUAUUAGUGAACCAAAAUGUGAAGAAUUGUGAAGUUAAAAGACAGUUUGAAGUUAUUUCCAUUCAUCCCAAAUUUCAUAUUCCAUUUCUGAACUAUUCUUAGGGCUUUUAUUGACAUUGUGGACAAAUAUUGGCAUGUUUAUUUUGAAAUAAAAUAGAAAUUCAGCAUAAAUAAGCAAAACUUUUCAUUUACAUCACGUUGCCAUUCAUAUGUUGAAAUCGCUUCAAUUAAAAUCAGAUACAAACAUUUUAAAAGUGUAUUUUUGUGUCUCCGUGUGUGUGUUUUCCUUAGGAUUUUGAUAAGCUGCUGGAGGCCAUGAAGAGCUCCUUGGCGGAGGACUCUCACUCUGCGUUCGUUUUUAACUGCUCUAACGGCAAAAGCAGGACCACAACCGGCAUGGUCGUCGCUGUUCUGACUCUUUGGCACUUUAAUGUGAGUUUCCUCUUUCAUGUAGAUUACCUGCUGACACUGUUUUGAUCACCCACAAUAACAUAAUAUUUGUUGUUUCUUAUACCUGCAGGGAUUUCCAGAGUUUGCUGAUGAUGAGAUUGUGAGCGUUCCUGAUGCCAAGUACACGAAAGGAGAAUUUGAGGUAUGUACACUUCGAAACAGGUGCAUUCAACACCUCCAUCUGUUUGAAAAGAUGGAUGACAGGACAGGUCAGCUCCCCUUUAGUGAAGCCAAAACAUUUCCAGCUCCCUUUUAGUACAGGUGGUAGUGAAACUCACCUCCUCCGUAUCAACAAGUUAGUCAGAAAGUGAAAAAAAUCUCACAUAAAAUACUUUAUAUCCUCACUCGAUUUAUUAGUUAUACUUGGUUGUUGCUAAAGAGGAUGCGACUUAGUGAGUGACAGCUCUGUGGUUUCUGCACCAUCAUUUACUUAGGUUUGCUGACGAGGGGAGGAACGGCAUUUGAAAAACUAACAAGCGCUCUUACAAGAGCCAAAAAACAAUUCAACCUGAACGACGAAGCCGUCUGUAAACGGAUUUCGUAAUGUGUUUUCUUAUUACGCCCUAUCUGUGUUAUUCUUGUUCGCACUCUCGCUCUUUACACAGUCUUUGAAACAACCACCUGCCUAAUCACAACCAAAUAAACGGAGAGAGCUUAACCAGCAUGAUCUGCAGAGAGAUUGACGAAUAGCUCGAUGCUGUAAAGGUAGCCCACAUUAACACCAAAACAAAACAAACGAUUGUACUCCGAAAGGAAAAAAAAGCGUGCAAAAUCCCUGACAGAGAAAAUCAUGUCAACACAUUUUAAUGAUGUUUGAGACACACAGUCAUUAUGUGGCGAUCAUUCUCGGGCAGCUGUGUAUACAGCGAGAGUUCAAUUAUCAUAAGUGGUACUGUGAAAGGUUAAACAAGUAGACAUAAUCUGCUAGAUCAACACAACUUUUGUUUGUCAAUCCGCUAUUUUUACUGCAGUGACCUCAUUAGCGUUGACUUAAACAUAUUUUUGUGUGGUUCGGUUGCCUCUUAGACCUCAGAGUCACUUGACAGGAAAAGAUCACCUAACUUUACCUAUUUAAGUCCCAAUCCAAUCGUUAUGUUUUUAAUACUUUAAGUGUUAUCAGUGGUCUUUAAAUGGUCUUUAAAUCGUAUUACCUGUGUCAUUUUCAAGGGCUUUUCUUCAGCACAGCGCCAGUAGCUCAUUAGCAAUUAGCCUCUGAGUCGUGGGCAGAGACAGCUCUGCUCUGCACACUCCUCUUUGCGCUAGCUUGCAGCCUAAUCUCACUGGUGUAGUAGAAGUGGCAGGUGAAACUAAUGUCUUUAGGGACAUGAUGAAAGCUAAUAUCAUAAUUAUCUUUCUUACGAGCAUUGGAAUCCGCUAAGGCACACGCUUGUUUCGCGAUCGUCUUCUCUAUUUCUCCGAGCCUGGCCUGCAUAGCAGAGCUCUGGGUGGCGGAGCUUGGAGUUGUGAUGUAGGAAAUCUCACUAUUUCUGACCCUGUCGUUUGGGCCUGCCAGAGAUUCACUGUAAUCUGAAUGCAGAUAUGAUAUGUCCUGUAGCAUCAGAAAAAUGCUAUAUGAACAUGUAAAAAACAAGAAAAACAUGAUUUUUAGAGGAGUGGGUUUUUAAAGCUUUUUAAUGCUUUAAUUUCUUUAGGUUUUAAUCUUUUAUUUGGAGUCUGUUUUCCAUGCUGUUUGCAACAAGUGUGGAACUGCUGAGGGGCUCUCAGGGCAGCCAUGAAUGCCACAACAGGAUAUCUUUUUGGUGGUUUUUCAUGUUUGUGUUUUCUUGUGGUGAUGGGUUAUUUGCAGGACAGGUAUUGUAAACUCUUUCUCCUGUGUUUCUCUUAAAUAUAGCUCUGCCAAACAAUAAUGCGCAGGCUUCAAUACAGCUAUUUUGGCCGUAUUUAGUUCACUCCCUCUUUCAGGGUCCUCUCCUCUGAUUGAAAGCUUUAUCCAAACAAAAACCAGAAGCCAUAGCCUUCCCUCUCCCGCUCUGAAUACUCACCGUUUAUCAGAGCUCCUUGGAGGUUUUAUUCUUGAUUCAGAGUGCGACAAUGAGUCCGUGGUUGGAACCUGCUGUCCGUGUCCUAAACACUGUAAACACGGACACAUAGAAAGAGGCCACACUCUGCAGGCACACAAUGCAGCAUGCCAGUUACAGCAGCAAGCCUACAGCAGUUUCUGGGAUACACAGAGGGGUCGCCACGGAAACCUUGUCUGCCUCUAAUUCAGCCUCUGAAGGAUGUGUUAUAUUGUUGUCCCCUUAUCUGCAGAAGAGGUGUUGCUAUGGCUGUGAAGUCUAAAACACAGCAUGGUGGAGGAAUUGGUGUGACGGACAGUGGACAAGUGGGCUAAUCAGUGCUUGGAAAAAAACGUGACACCCGUGGCUUUCUGAGAAUUUCCUCCAAACAGCUAUAAGUAGAACUGUCAGCGUAACUAUAAUGUACAGUUUUUAUUAUUUUUUAGCUUGGAUCCGUUAGUAUAGGACCAUUUGUGUGUGUUUGGUGCUUCGGAAAUGGUUUUUAAUUUUCUUUUCCAUCUGUAACAUUUGUUGGAGGUAAAAUAGGUCAUUUAAACCAUCAGUUUAAAGCUCCUAUGAGUGGUAUUCUAAGAUGCUUGAGAAUAAAAGCUGGUCUAGACUGUUAAUAACUCGCACCAAAUGUAGAGAUCGGAUAAGAUUGAGCCUCAUCUUGUAGGAUUAAACGUACUCCCAGUCCAUCUUCAACUACAACAGAACAUUUACGAUAAUUUCUUUAUCAUUUCUUUGAAGUAAUAAUCACCAUAUUAAUCAUUUUGUACUGCAGACAUGGUAGUUCUUCUGCCUUAGCGUCUUGAUCUGAUUGCAUUCCAUGAAGAAAUGAUCAUAAAUGUUCUUCCUUGAGCUGCAUCACCCCACAAGCAGCUGCUGGAAGAGAGUAGGUGAGUUGUGUUUAGUCUCUUUGUUAAAGAAAUUAGGUAAAGCUAAAAAGAUGUUUGGUGGCUAGUACUAUGGCUGGGACCCUAUAUGUACUGUUGAUGAAGUUAGGUGCUGUUCUGAGCAUUAUUUGUGGCUAUAGGGUGGCGUUUUGGUUGAGCUCGUGGCUCCUGGGACAGCUGUGUAUUGCUAUCAUGCGGUCAUCACUGAAGUUGGUAUAACUAGAGAAGCAAGCGGUCGGCAACGUUCGUCUCCUGGUGUGUCUAACUCUGUGUUAGGGUGUUUUGACCCUUACUUAAUUUUAUGCCAGAAUAUCCCUUUUACCCAUAGCAGCAUUACAGAUUACUGAUACUGGCUUUAAACAGUAUCUUCGUUGGUGAUAAAAUUCAAAGCACAGAAACAUCAUUUUUGCAAACAUGGCAUUUUAAAAACAACAUAUCAAGGAUUUAGCACUCGUGAUAAGUAAGUGCUUGGAAUUUGUCAUGACUGUUAGUUGGACACAUAGAGAAACGAGCACCUCGAGAUGAUUUGUGGCACAAAUGGUGUUUUAUCUUUCAAAUACACUUUGAGGCUGCAUGCUGAUGCUGCCGCUCUUCCAGCACACAUGUCGAAUGUAAAAGGAGGCUUGAUCUUGCAGUCCUGCUCAGCUCUCCGAUCUCUAUCUCUUAUAUUCCACCCCCUGUUAUCUUCUGCUCCUUAUCAGUAUCACCAUUUCUGUGCUUAAGAAGAUUUUCUGCACAAGGCAUUACAACAAAGCUUGGUAAACAAACCUGCAGUCACACAGCGCUGAUGGAAACCACCCCCCCCUCUCAGCUAGGUCAACACUGUAAAUGAACAUGGUGGCACAUGAUCGCACCAACAUUUUCAAGUAGGUCAUGACUGACGUGAAGUUCUCAUCUUUCAAACAGACAUAACAGGAUUGAUUGUUGUCUGGUUAUUUGACUUGAAGGGCAUUUGUACGUAUGAUUUGUCAUUUAAAUGGUACAAAAUGUGAAUUUUUGAAGGCAGAGAGAUACCACAGGAACAUGUCGCACAGAAAGGCAACUUAAAAGGUACAAUAAUGAAUUUAAUAAUGGCUUGAUCUUACAAAUAGUGGGAAAAAAAAUCUAGGCAGAGCAGAGGAAUUGAAAAGAUUGUAUAACAGCUGUGAUUUGAAGUUCUUCUCUGACCCUCAAACACUCAUCAGCCGAAGUCUAGACGCAGGGAAGUUCAGGAGAACUCAGGAGUGCCACUCAGCAGCUGAAAAGACAUUGUGUUUGUCAACAAGGUUCAAAACUCAGUUUUAAAGUGAACAUCAUUAGAGAGACGUCAGAGUGGUUUGAAAGAUUACAUUUCUGAGACCGAAAAUGCCGAUACGUCCGGCCAAGCUCCAUUUGCUGAGAAAGAAGGUGCAAUUUCGAGAACCUGACUGACCAAGAAAUAGACCUUGAGUUGAACUUAAGUACUUUAUGAAAUAAACUGUCUUUGGUGGAAUUUCCUGAUGAUCUUCACAGCACUUCAAAUACCAGCUGAGCCGAGAACAAACUUGUUUAAACAUUUUGGUUUAGGUAUGACGCUUAAGUGCCAUUUUACCGUGAAAUGACGAUGAGUCAUUACCUCACAAGAGCUAGCGGAUUUAUUUUUUAAGUUUCCACAGAAAAACCUCUUAAUUCAUGUUCGAGGAAUCUCAGCUCAUCAAAAACCUCCAUAAACACAAGGUCUGGACUCUCGAACAGGAUAUGAUCUUUUCUUCGUUUCUGUGUACCACACACACACACACACACACACACACACACACAAGCAUAGAUAUAUGUCAUUUGGGGCAACAGCAGCAACCUUUAACAUUAAAAAAAUGAAGCUGAUGCACAAGUGCAAAAAGAUGCAGUUCCUUAAGUGUCCACUUGGGGCUGUCCUCUAAAACAAAUCUGUACAAAUCGAGAAAAGUAUUGAAUUCCAAGGCCUUGCAUUUGAUCUACUACUCACUGAUUGUUCCCUAUAUAUCUUACUGUGUGGAACUGUGGGGAUCCACCUUUAAAACCACUAUAAAUUCAAUAAUAAAACUGCAAAAACGAGCUAUACGUAUUAUCAAUAAGACUGAUUAUUAUGAUCACACUUUUUCUAAAUUCUCAUGUUAUGAAAUUUUAUCAUCUGUUUUAUUAUAAAAUAAUGCAAAUUAUGUUUAGAGCAAAAUCAAAAAUGCUCCCUGACUCAAUACAGACUUUCUUUUUAAUUCAGGACAGUCCGUAUAAUUUCAGAUGAUUCCAAUGAUGCCAACAUAAAUCUAAAAACAUGUCAUUCUUUUUCGGUUUGUAAGAAAAUAGUUUGUAAAGCUAUUUUUGAAGCUUAUAAGUGCGAUUGAUUAUCUGUUGUUGUGGUUUCUUUGCUUUUCUGCAGGUCGGUAGCCUAAAAAGUUGACAACACAGGAUAGGCUUUUAUAAGCAGUCUGCUUCUGCCUUUUCAGUCAAUAUUCAACACAUGAUUCUUGAUUUUGUGAUUUUGUGUGAAAUGUCAAUAUUGUGUACAUUAUUUGGUGUUGUCAUGACUGAAUAAACGACUACUACUACUUGGGUUCCAUAUUUAAGACAGGGUUCCUACACAUUUGGAAUUUCCAAAGACAGUAUUUUAGAACUGUGGUAAUAGUCUGGAAACACAAAUAUUUUCUCAUACUUUAUUUUUCAUUUUCCAUGCUUUUUAAGACCUGAAAAUUGAUCAAAUUUAUUCCAUACUUUUCCAUAUUUUCCAUGCCUGCGUAGGAACCCUGUUAAGAGCUUUUCUUACUUUUCAGACUGGAACGAAACCAUUGUUGGUCUCUGUGAGUGGAUUUAAACACACAGGUGUGGCCUUUGUAGAGCUGCACCUCCUAAUGAACACAGGAGAUAUAUCCACUAUGGAAAUGUCAAUAUUUUAUUUUGUCACAAACUUAAACUUGUAUUCAUGAACAGGGAUGAUUAAAGGUACGAAGGCACUAAAAUGCCAGAGCUCAAAUAAGGAAUCGUAGUAAGAUUCCUGUUAGAAAGGCUUUUUAGAUAACGUUAUUUUUUUAGUAUAUCUCAUAUGGCAGCUGCUAAGCAUCUUCAAAAAAGUGAGUGAUGUUACUGAAACUAAUUCCACCUUUUAUUGUACGAUCUUAGGAUAUGAAAGAGGAGGCAGGAAUUUGGCUGGGUGAUUAGGAUGAAAAAUAAAAUAAUAAAUAAAGACAUGAGAGAAAACUCAAAACAGCAAAACUUCGCCAACUACCUCUAUCACAGAUGCAUCACGGGUCUUUUUUUUUUUUUUCCAGUUUUCAGUGUUUGUUCAGAAGUCUAGUCACAGCUUUGCUCCGGACAUACUGUGUAAUGAUUUUCCACUUGUGCUGUGCAGGUUGUGAUGCAGCUGGUGCGUCUGCUCCCCGACGGGCACAGGAUGAAGCGGGAGGUAGACAUGGCCCUAGACUCCGUAAGCGAGACCAUGACCCCCAUGCACUACCACCUGAGGGAGAUCAUCAUCUGCACAUACAGACAGGUACGGCACAGCUCCCCUGCGGUCAUCAUUACCUGCUCUGUUGGACAAGGCGCAGGGGGAUAAUAACAGAUCAUUCACAGGUCAAAGGUCAGGCAGGGGGAACAAUGGAGAAAAUGAAGAAGAGGAUUAGAUGAUUGAAAUGAAAAGUCAGUUUGUUCUUGUCUGUCUUUAAGGGGGACAGCUUAAUCUAAACCUUUUUUUUUGCUUUAAAGCUUUUUAGGAGGAUUUAUCAUUUAAAAAAUAAAUAUAUUUAGUUGAUACACAUUCAGAAUAACCCCGACACGCGUUCCUCAUGAGUGUAAAUCCACUCAAAACAAAUCCCGCUCACUAAUGAAUCCGUCUUCUUCAUGCAGGGGCACAGACUUCACGGUACUUUAGGGUUUAGAUGCAGUAACUCUAGGGUCCUAUAGAUGGCGUCAAGCACUUGUUCACAUCAUUCACCGCCACGUUAUGGAUCUCUGAGUCAUGAAUGAGUGUGAAAAACGAUUGAGAUGCCACUGUUCUCAUUUCUUAUAGUCCUUCAGGUGUGAGUGGAGGGAAUGUGAAGUGGAAAAAAAACACUAUUGUUGUUUAUGUUUUAUUGUGUCUUUUCGAUGUUAAAUAGCUUGACAGACCGGUUACAGCUGCUUUUUUCUCAACAGUGUUUUUUAACUGAAUUUAUUGGAUUUCCUGCAUGUUUGUGCGUUUUUAUCCUGCUGUGGAAAAGCUAUAAAUAAGUCAACAAAAGCAGCAUCAGCUCCAUCUGUCAGAGGUUUCUUUUGCUUAUUCAGCUAUCCUGCGUUUCAAACAAAGCAUAAAUAGAACAAAGUCAGCUUAUUUGGCCGAUCUAGACAAGGUCUCUCCUGAUGGACCGAGGCUCUGUUUUAGCCAUUUGUAAUGCAGACUGUAAUCAUUGUGCCUCUGUGCACCGUUAGCCGGUCUCAGCGUGCUGGAGGCACCCGGUCCUGUCUCCGCUCUAUCAAUGGGCCUCAUUGUCCUGUGAACCUUGUCUUUUUGCCUAUACCCCCUCUCCCUCUCUGGUUCACUCUCCGUCUGUCACUUUCUGAUGCUGGGUUCCAGGAAAAGGCUCACUAUCAGCUUUCCUCUCUAAUUAAUUAGCUCAUUGGCAGAAGCAGGAACAAAAUAUUUCAAUUUAUUGUAUUGAGAAGUAAAAAGUACUCUCUCAUACCUUGUUUUCAUUUUUAAAACUCCUGUGAGGUUUUUUUUUUAAUCCUUGGCACGAAAGAGACGAAAAAAAACACUGACGCCUCUUUUUGACCGAUAAAAGCGAAUGAAACCAUCAGUGACAGGAUCGCUCACUUCUAUAGUUGUCAGUAAUAGCAAGACCUGUUAGUGGGGGGUGGGUGUCAGUUGAUAUGACAAACUACAAUGGUUCUAUUUAUGUUUUCUACUGCAGAGACUUUCUAUAAGUGAUACAUUUCAGAAAUGGAUAAAAGGCACUGCUGUGUCCACAGGGGGCGCCACAAUCAAAACAAGCUUAGAGUUUCUUACAGGAGCUUUAAUGGGCAUAAUUCGUAGUAGUAUAAAUGACACAAGAGCCUUAAAAGUUUUACAAGAAACCUCCUUGAUGGGUUGAUAUUUGAAGGUCUGCAACCUCGAAUUUCCACCGCAUCCGGAACGGCUCAGAUCCGGAAUGGCAGCCAAUUCCUACUGGAUCUGUUGGUGGGGCGAAUUUCGUGGCGGAUUACGGACAGCGGUAAUCGCAAGAACUCACAAGGACCCGCGGAUUCAAAUGCAAUAGUGCGAUAACAACUUGUCUCUAUAAAGACAGCCACAUAGGCUAACCAUGUAAGCCGUAGAUUGUGUCCUUCCAUAGGAGGAAAAUCUACUUCUAGAAUUAUAAAAUCAGCAUCACCUCAUUCAGACUUCCUUUCCAGCACGGGUUAAUCUGUGCUGAAUAUAUCCGGCAUGCUCCGGCGUCCGGAAAAAAUAGAACUCUCGCGAAGUCUGGCGAUCCACAGCGGAACGGCAAGAAGCCGGUGGAAAUUGACACAUAAACUCGAAUGGGUACAAUCAGCUGCGAUAGGCAGAUACAGCCUAUUCAUAGCCGUUCCAUAUUCGACGGAAAUUGGGGGUAAGAUAGCGGUGGAAACCAGUAUGUGCUUUUGUCGCUAAUAUUGGAUUCUUCUAUUGGUUUGAUUUGCUGAUAAAGUUUGUGGCUUUAAUAAACAUCUCUGCAUAUUUAGAGGAGCGUGAUGGAGGAACAUCACGAGUAACAUAUAUGUGGUCUCUCCUGUCGGUGUUUCAGUGCACACUCUUAUGAAAAGCACGAUCAAUGCCUCCACAUGCUGUUUAUAACAGAGGGGAAGCUAAACAACAUGGACUUUUUUUUUUAUUACACAUUAGUUUUAUGGAAGUUCAUUUUUAGUUUUGCUCUCUUAAGGGCGCAGCUGGUUGGACUGACAGGCGGGCACAUAGUCAGCAGUCAGUUGAUGUCAUCUAAAAUUUAGCGAGAUUUUUUUGGGGGAACAGAGAAAAUGGAGACAAAUUAUGACAAGCUUUUCUGUCUUUAACAGACACUCCAGUUCACACUCUGACUCCCCACUUUGACUAAAGAGUCUGACUGAGGAGUUUCCUUGUACGCCUCAUUAGACUUCUUUUAAUUUUUUUUUCCACAUUGUACAUCAUAAGUGCUGAUAGAGCUGAAAGCCAAAACCGGUUCAAAAGACCCGAACUGUCAUAAAUAAACUAAAUUAUCUUAUGAGUCUGCAUCAGUGGACCCAGGUUGGCACUGUGUUCCCCUUUCAGCCUCUCUUUUCCUGCCUGAACCAGCAGGCCAGGUGAUAAACAGUGCCAGAUGUUGCCGGCAGGCAGCGGCAGACGAGAGAGGGGGGGAGAAAAAGGGGGGUAAAAGAGGGGAAACAUUCACCCUCUCUCUCUCUCUCUCUCUCUCUCUCUCUCUCUCUCUCACUCUUUCGUCUGGUAGCCCUCCCCCCACCUCCUCCUCUUUGACAGUGGUUGGAAAAUGUGUCUUUGAUAGAGAAAAAAUAUAUUUACACUGGGACCCGAACCCUCCGCCAGCUCCCAGAGGAGCCUGAGGAAGGCGGGUGGAAGGGGAGGGUGGUGGGGUUUUUUUGAGGGGUAGGGAUGGGUCCUCCUUGAAGGGCCUGUAAAUCCCUCCUGCCAACCAGGCGUGAGUGAGCAUUGCAGAUGUAUCCUCCAACAUCAGAGCCAGUACAGUACUGGAGAGGGCAUAUCCUCAGUCCACGGAGAAUAAGUUUCUGGGGUUUGUUUUUCACAGGUGACCCUUUGUGAGAAAUAAUCACACCAGACACUCUUUAAGAUGAUAUUUACUUUUAGUUUUGAGCUUUUGUAGAUGUGUUUCAUUCAUAUGGAGCAGAAUUCAGACUUCUUGCUAUAGAAAAUGUCCUUGCAGAAAGUCUUUUUGUUUCUCUCGACAACCAGACUUUGCAUCAUUUUAUUUGGGCGUGUGCGUUUCAGCUACAUUUCUCAUAUCCAUCUUUUUUUUUAAACUCAGGUGGUGAAAGAAGCCGAAAGCAACGAGAAAGAGUGAAUGAACUGUGAACGAUGCUAUGUGUGUGCAUAUGUGUGUGUGAGUCCAAAGAAAGGCCCUCAUGGUCUGGACGGGGCAGUGGAAAAAUAUUUUCGGAAAGAGGAGAAUGCAGCGAGCAGGUUUUCUUGAGGCAAAGGUAGUGGACGUCUAAAGGGGAGAGGAAUCGGGGGCAGAAGGGACCACCACAGCUCUGACAGUCAGAUACAGUUAAGCAAGAACGAGAAUUAAGAUACCAGUGAUGUGAAAGAUUUUGUUGACGAUUCACAUGUACCUCCACAGAGCCGUUUAUCCCCUCUCCCUUUAAAUUCGCGCAUUAGAAGUUUUCUUCUCAAUUAGGAUGACCACUUGACAUAAGUGGGCCAAUUACAAGAUAGAGUAGGUGACAGCCAGAGGAAAUGUUGGCAGGAAAAUGAGCCCACCUGAAGCAAAAGACAGGUUCUUCUUCUUCUUCGCCUCCUUGCCUGGAGUGCACAUUGCCUCACAGCUUGUGAACAGAGGCUCUUAUUUAGAGCCCAGCACGGAGUGGGAAGGGGGUGAAAGCGGGAGCCUGGAGGUUGUUGUUUUUAUUCAGAAUUUCCAGCGUCUCACAUGCCAAUGCCAAUAGCUGUAUUUACCGCGGCCGUCUACGAAGUGAUUUAUUUUGACUGAAGGGCAUCUGAGCAGGUGCAUGCAGCUGAGCCACUUGGACAUGAUGUACAGUACCUGCAUAAAGUAAAGAGCUGUGAUGCUUGAGCAUGUAUGUAGUUUGUGUGUAUGAGGGUCCACAGACAUAGGGGUAAAUAAGGCACAUCCAGAGCUUUCUACUUUCUACACUUUCUACACUUUCUACACUUUCUACUCAGGGGUUCAUUUAUUUUUAGGGAGUUUCCACUUAAUAAAGAACAUCAAAUGAAGCUAUCCCACUGCGAUUGUAUUUUUAUUCGUUAUUUAAAGUGUUCUCAGCGGUCUUUAAAUUGUGAUUAAGAAGUUUUUAAGCCAAAAUCACGUUACAUGUGUCAUUUUCAAGGGCUGUUCUUCUUCAGAGCUCAAGGAGUAAUUCGCCUCCGAGUCAUGGGCCGAGAUAGCGCAGCUCUGAAACCUCCUCUUCAUUGCAGCUGCAGCAGAAGUGGCGGGUUAUGUAGAAGCCUCUCAACUCUUGGACAUGUCUUUGGGGUCAUGAUGAAAGCGAAUGUCAUAGUUAGCUUUCUUAUGAGCAUUGUAAUCUGCUACUGCAGGGUUAGAAAUACUCAUGUAUUGAGUAUUCUCAUGAUAUGUCCUCUAGCAUCAGAAAAAACGUGAUUUUCGGCAGCAUGGGUCUUUAAAUCCUCCAGUGAUUGUGCUCUCUCUGUGUUCUGAUAUGACUUCUCACCUCUAUUGAUGCUAACAGCAUGUAUUUAUUCAGGUUUUUGUUCUUUGUUUAGACACUGAACAGCAGUAUGUAAUUCCUGCCGUAUCAGUUGAGUGGAUGAUUAUUUAAAUGACAGGUUUCUCGCCGUCAGCGGGAAAAUCACUCUAAAAAUACGAUUAACGUCUUAGCAAGUCGAGAUUUCACACUGUUUUUUGGGGUCGUGUGUCGCAGGAUGUAAUUUCACAGUGCACCUUUAACCAGAAGAGAGAAGCUAAUCAGUGAAACCACCCGAUGCGCUGCCUCGUGUGAUCGCUGUUUACGUGGUGAACGGCUCAAACCCCCCUAAAUUAUAAUCAUACCCUGACUACUUAGUAUUCAAACUUUAGUUUCCUCCACAGUCAAAUUCAGAGUUAAAGUACUAUGAAGCACUCAUUUGCAUUUUUGCACCCCAGGCGGUCCCACCUAUCAGCUGAUAUUCAACAUCAAUAACUCUCCACAAUCAGGACAGCUGUGCACAUGCUGCGUCUGACCUUGGAGUUUGCUGAUUGUUAAGUGAACGUUUACUAGUAUUAAUUUACUUCUUGCGGUACACCUCAGUACAGUCACUUUCAAAGUACCGCAAAAUGACUAUCAACUGUAUCAACACCUUUCAAGUGCAAAAACUAGAUAACUUAUAAAUUGCUUUAUAGUCUGCCAGGAAUGUGUCUGAGGGCAGCCAGCUUUUAAUGAACCCACUUGUUGUUGGCGCAGCUCACAAAGAAUCAGCCGGAAGUCGCCGUAGGCUGCAGUGAGUCAUUUGAUUAUAUGGAAGAAUUUUUGAUUGAGUUGUUUUCAUAAGUUUUUCUCAGUAUUAACAGGCCUGAGCUAAUUAGUGUUCUUGUAGCAUAUGUUAACGACAUGUUGAGACGAGCUUUUUUAAUAGCUCACGUGAAGAGAAACGAGAUGUGCUCAGUUUAGUACGCUAAGGCUGAUUGCAACCAAAACUUAGGAUGACCGAUGCUAAACACGAAUGCAAAAGAUUAAAUGUCUUUUCUCUGACAGGUCAGCACCAGAUUUUCUUGUUAGUUAAACAAAUGGUUAAAGGUCCUUAAACACAUUGGGAGCAUUUUUUCGUGCGGUUAUUUUGGACGUCAAUAUUUCUUUUCGAACCCGUAUCCUGUCAAUAUUAGCGUUCACAUAAGCGACGUUUUCCCGUCCUGCGAUAUUGCAGCAUUUAUUUUUUCGUAUCACGGUCGAAUUUUCUAAAGUUUUGCAUACUGACCAGAUUUCGUGUUGUUGCGACAUCAGAUUCACCGGUAUAUCCAACAUGGUCGACUGGCUGAUUGUUUACGUGUCGGUGAACAGAGUGCUGUUGUGUCAGUCUUCUUGCUUCCACCCGGGAUGCAUUUUGUUCCCCCCGGAAAGUCGCAUUGUGCUUGGUGUGUAUAGUCAGGCGCGUAAAAAUUCGCCUCUGAAUAUUUCAGAGUUUUGUGUAGUAUAUUUGUGUUGUUCCCGGUGAGUCAGGACCUUAACAAAGAAAUAAUUAAGAAAUAAUUGUCCUCAAUGCUUUGAAACAAGCAAAGAAGAGAUUACGAGCAGUAUGAUGUGAUCCUUUGUCUCAUACCACACAGGAACUGCUUCAAGGAGUGGCAUAAACAACUGUAAAUGGUAAAAAAAAAACACCUGGAAGAAUUAGUCUAAAUAUGUAAAUAGUUUCUGUUGUGUGUUUGUUCCAAUCCCAAUAUUUCUUCUCCUGGUAGCCAAGACUUGGGAGAAUGAUGUGCAGGUGAGAAAAGGCUUGGUCACUGUAGAUUUAUGUGUUUUUUGUGCGAAGUACUGUUGGUAUCAAUUUCCGUUUUUGUUUUUUGGUUGACUUUGAUGGUUCUGAAUCUACUGUCAUAUUCAUUUUACACAAUUUUUGCACCCAUGAACUGACAGCUGAGGUUGUCCUGAAAAAAAGAUGUGUAUAUAUUUGCUGUGCUUGAAAGGAUAGAGUUGCUUCAUUGAUUUUUACAAAAUUAAACCAUGUGGACCAAAAAUGGUAAAAUAUAGCUGGUAGUUCUAAGGGUUAAUAUUUUUACCAUGGUAGGCUCUUAAAUGCUGGUCAUAUGUUGUCCAAGCUGUAGCGUAGCCACCCUCCACUAUCUAGGGUUGUGGCCCUCUUUAAUGGUUACUUUCUUUUUGAGGUAUCCAUCUCUCAUAUUCACCGUCAUACCGGCUGAUCACUCCAGGAAUGGUUCCUCUUUUACCCUGGAUAACUGAACUGCCCUGGCCUGCCCUUUGCCCUGACCUUCCCCAGCCCCCACCCCCCUUCUUAACCACUGGCCCCAGGACUGAGCCAAGCACUGCACAGAGGGCCUGCACAUUUCCUGCUCUGACACACUAAACCUGUCAUUGCCCCACGGCCCACAGACCAGGAAUAACCACUCUCGAAACCAUGCAUGAGUGUUAAAACAUGCCCCCAGUAGCUGUGGUCGUGGUAUAUCACAGAUCCUGCUAAGCCCCAAAUCAUUUCACCGGGAAAAGGUCCACCUUUUUUUGUCUAAGCUUUCACACCAGCUUUAGCUGCUGGCAGUGUACAAAUACCCACGGGAAAACAACCCUAGUCGGGAAGUCACUUAAAUGCCAACCAUGUGGGAUAUGCAGGAGUCGUGCCUGGGUUGCAUUGCCCCAGGAAUUGCACUUUCACAACACCCCAGCAGGGAAGCCGUCUUUCAUACAUGAAGACAGUUGAGCAACAGAUGAAUCCCGUGUUAACGAUGCCAUAAUUACUCCCAAAGUGCUAACAGCUCACACGCCCAGCAGGAACACUGAUGGGCCUUGUCAUGUGUGUUUUUCUUUGGCUGUUCUGCGCCUCACUAUAGACGAUCACAAAUCAACCCACAGUGGCCUCUCUUUGUACUUUUUCAUUUUUUUAAUAACAAAAAUGAUACAAAUUUGAACAUGUUACUGAUAAAAUAUUAGACUAAAAGGAACAGAAAAAAACCCACUUUGUGUCUGUUUUCUUCAAUUUGCUUGAUGUCCCUUUCACUCAGCUUCUUCUGUCUAUAAACAGCUUCCCCUCUAGUUUUUAGGCAUUUUUCUCCUCUUGACUACUUUUCUCCGCUGCUUAUUAACCUCAGAUCCAAAGUUUUGUGCUUUUUGAAUAGAUCAGUAGUAAAAUGAUUCCUGACGUAGUUUACCAAUGUUGUUUGAAACUGAUGGUUUUGCCACCUCGACGUGAAAUCAUAACCUGAAUUAACGUAUCAAACUCAUUUAGGUGAUCUCAUAUGAUGUGUGAUCUAGUUAUCCCUGGCAUUGCUUUUGUUAUUCAGCAUUUUAACCUGGUUUCAACCAAUCAGAAUCAAGUAUUUCACCUAGCACGAAAGCCUGAUGACAGAUGAAGAAUAAUCCAUUUCUUGUCAAAGUUCUCUCCGGCUAUUGUGAAUCACAAAGAAGCUGUCAUUCAGAAAAGAAAAUUCAUCAUCAUUAGCUAAAACUCCUCAAUUAAGCUUUCAUUAAUUCCUAAACAUGCAUAUUUUUGAUGGCCCAACAAAAAAUAAAUAAACAGCUUCAAGCAAAUGUUACAGCAGCUUUUGGCUGAGUUUUAAAUGUCAGGAACAACGUACAUGCUUCUGCUAAUGAAGUUUUCCCCAAGUGUAUGCGAACAAAAUGCCACCCUGAUUAAUUAAGUGAGAAGAAGGUGGCCAUCAAAUCUACUGUAUAUUACCAUGUUUACCAUGGUUGUCAUGAACAUUUAAGAUCAAAUAAAAGAUCCCAUGAUCCAGCAAGAAUAAUCAACUCAGUCUCAGAUUCUCUGUGUUUCGUUUUUAUUUACCUUUUUUGUCUCAUUUUAUUUAAAAAACAUAUUUUAAUAUAAACAAAGUUUUGUUGUUGUUCGUUUUCCUUGGACAUAUUUAUAGAGCCAAAAUAUACCAUACAAGGUUAAUUCCCAAAAACUUACUUAUAGCAGGUGGAGAUGAAUGUUACCAGGUGGUGUGAGCUCGCUCAGUCAUGAAACUUUCAGAAAACUAAUGUGAUCGUAACUUUUAUGCAUUUGCUGUAUUUUUUAAAGUGAAGGAGGCAUUAAAGGAUUUAAAACGUCUUUUUUUUAGUGUGCUGCCAUUGUUUAUUACCAAUCUAUCAACUCAAAACUACAACUGGAGGGGUGUUGUCAUGUCAAGUGCGUAAGCUGCCUUUUUUAUUCAGACCUGGUCUAGCCUUGACUCCAAAAGUUGUGCCCCCCUGCCCACAUUUUCUGCAUGCCUUUACUGGAUCUGGAUCUGGCUUGUUCAUUUGGGUCUCUCAGACUGGGAUGCAGCAGUUUUUGAAGAAAAUAUGUCAAUGAAUCAAUGCAAUAUCCCCCCAGGAACAGGGUUUCAGUGACGCUGCUAUAGCAAAUAAACAACAUAGUUACAAGUCUGGAGUGCAGACAGCAACAACUCUAAAGCUCUGGUUUUCUGACAUCAACACUCAAACUAUCAACACAUUUCCUUUUCAUGAACCUCCAGCAUCAAUAUGAUGGUUCAGGGUAAAAUUUGAUUCCAGCAACUCCAGCAGGUUUUGGAUUAUUGAAUGUUUGAUUAGUUGUAGCUGGAGGAUACACCGUUUUAAUGCCCCACCGUUGGAUUUGCUUGUAGAAAAUAUUUUGAUAGCUCAGUAGAUGAUUGAUCCUCAGUGGGAGUCUCCGUGUGCGCUGUUGCCAGGCAUGUGCACGUACAGAAUGUACCAUAAUGCGUGUGGUUAAUGUGGGCAGAUAUUCCAGUCUCUGUGUAGGCUAAGUUGAUGAGCCCUGUCUCCUCGUGUGGCUUUUUCUAAUCUCUGCACACCAGACACGUGAUGUGUUUCUGCAAGCCUUUUUGUUCAAGGCAUUGGCCUUCUCCACUCAAAUGCCUAUUGACCAUUAGUGAUGAAGAAGUACAUUCCUUCUCUUGUUCCUCAUGUUUUUGGUAAUUUUAGAGACUUAUUCUUGUUAAAGAUACCAUCUGAUGGCAGAGUAGAGCUAUUUGAUAUUCAGUUUUGUUAUGAAAUAAAAGUUAAAUCCAUGUUCAGACAGAGAUUAGAAUCUUGAAUAUUUUACCUGUGACGUAAUGAAAGGAGGUCUGAAAGUUUCAAGCCUUUUGCCGGUUGUUCAGACCGGCAGAUCUGUGUUUACAGAGUGUAGAUCGACACAGAUCGCUUCUUAAAUCCACCUCAACCUUGCCUCCGUGAUUUAAUCAGCGUAGUGUGGCUGAGCGACUGGAAAAAGACAGACGUAGGAUUGCAAUCUGUGGAAACCAUUAACAUAAAGGCAUCUCCUGUAGCCCCCUCUCACUGGCUUCUCCUGGGCUUCUUUUUAAAAAGCUGUUUUAGGGCACCAUCUUGAUCCAUAUAGAUCAUUUCUGCAGCUUGAAGCCAGAUGAUGUCCAAGUUAAACUUUUCUUCUUCUUGCCAACCUGGCAGGCAGCACACUGGGUGGAUGGAUUUUCAGGUUGGUUAAUGUUAUUUUUAAAAGCCUGGGUUUGUAAAAAAAGUAAACAAUAAAUAAAACAUUUUAAAAAAGAAAAUGAAAAACGUAAGAUGAAAUGUUGGCAUUCAAUACUAUAGAAAGUUAUAUAGAAAUCCAUCAGUGAAAAUAAUCACUCACCUUUCAAAAUCGGAGCAACACAGCUUGAUACUUCAGAAUCUGAAAUGGGAAAUAGUGAAACUGCAGAGUUUUCUGAUGGCCUGAGACGACCGAUACAAAAAAUUGCUUUAAACUUGUGUUUGCACGCCUGAGGGUAUGAUUAAGUAGGCAGAGAUGCUUAUUAAGAUAUGUACUAAUUCACACUGAAAUUCUUUUUCUUGACAGAAGAAAAUUAAUGAUUAGCUCUGACUCUUUAAAUGUCACCUCUUGUUUUUAACAAAGAACUGCAGCGCUCCUAUGGAAACGUGAUUUUCUUCCUUAGUUGUCUCAUGCUAAUGUGAGAAUUGCGUUUUUGAAUGAAACGUAUUAAAAACUUACUUGUUUUUUUGUUUUGCAUUAACGUUCAUGAUUACAAAUCUUCCAAAUAUUCUAUGUUGUUUGAAAAUGAAAUAGAUUGGGACAAUUAAUGGAAAAACAGUCAUUGUUCCUCUUACCCAGAGUCCUGUAUGUUUCAAGAUAACACAGCUGAGAUACCAAACCAUAUUUUUAAUGAAGGUUAUCAUACCAUCAGAAUCUCAUUCUAACCCAUGACUAGUAAAGAGCAUAUCAUAAAGUUAAGUUGAAGCAGUAACUCCAGCUACAGUUAUUGAUAUGCCAUUAGUAAGCGGUCUCCUACUUGAGGAAAGGUUGGUCAUCAAGUGCUUCAAAUCCAAUAUUUUUGUCUCUGGCAAACUUUCUACAUUUCUUAAAUCAGCACUACAGUACUCACCGCUUUUUGAAAAAAGGGGACUAGAGCACAAACCAGUUUAUCUAUGACUACAUGUCAACAUCAGAAAAAAAUUAUAUGACUAAUUUUUAAAGUUUGUCCACAGCAUCAUUCAUUUUGCUAGAAGAGGCGGGGUUUAUGACCUAUACUGCAACCAGUCACCAGGGGGUGCUGUUCUCACAGAGGCUUCAACUAGCAAGAAGGCAUAUGACGUCCCUUCUAUAAACAGUCUUUGAUAAAAACAAACACUGGUUUAUGCUCUUUCAUUACUUUGUCGGGGCGGCGUUUUUUCAACUUUAUGUUUAAUGGUGAAUCCCACACUGCCCCCUACUGUGCUGGAAUGGGUCAACUUGUUAAUAAACGAAUGAAAGCGAUCAGAAGAUUUAUUUGAUGUUAUGGCAUCUUUUUGAUAAAAAAAGUUUUUAAAAAGUGAUCGAAUAUUCCCUUUAUUGUCCUGAUAUAUCAUACAGCCAUUGAAAGCUGCAUUAAAGUUUAGUAAGUAUGUAAAAUAAUUAUAAAAUGAAGAAGCAGUUUGAGUUAAAAAAUCAUAGCAAGAAGUUUGAGAGUAUCAUCAAACUUUAUCAAACUUUAUUUAUAUAGCACCUUUCAUGCUUUUAAGCUGCAACACAAAGUGCUUUACAAAGAGGUAAAAACAAACAAGGAUUUGAUUACUCAAACCAAGAUAACCUUAAGAGUGGUGCAAGUCUUUAUUUUCACAUUUGGAAUUGAAAGCUUUAGUAGACUCAGGCUGUUUGCCGCAGUACACUUCAAGAUAACAAAGCCUGGAUAAAAGCACUUUGCUGACGUGUGCUUUUUACACUUUUCUAUGUACGUUUUUCACACAUGAAGGAGAAAAGUUGUUAAUGUAACUUUUUAUAUGCUGAAAAUAACUCUGUUCUAAGAAGCAUGGUAGAAAAACAGCAGGUGUAUUUGCGUGCUUAUGUGUCUUGCUGUGUUUAAGGACUGCUGUUUGUUAUACAGACAGAUAAAAAGUGUGUUUGUUAUGAAAAGUACUACUAAGAUGCCAAGUAUAGGAUAGCAGCUGCGAGAAUAUUCAUGAGUAAUCAAAUCCUUUUAUGUUAAGAGCUGUAAUGGAAAGCAAUUUAAAUAUCAGGUCAGGCAGAUUAUGGGCACAUCUUAGGGGAAUGAAUUAAGUCAUUUUCGAGGAACUCGUUGAUCUUUUUGUGUGCAAUCCGUGCACAGAGCCAAGGCAGCGGUUUCCCACCAUUCCACUGAAUGUGGCAAGAAAUGUGGCGAUGCAUCAAAAAAUGCAGAGAGGGAGACUCCAUACUGGUAAACAUGAUUAUAAACAUUACCAGAUUUAAAAGCCAGCGUCCUUCACUUUGGAUCAAUUCAAAGAUCAAAUCAUUUAUCUUAUAGACAGUUUUCAUCUGAAAUCCAUCAUGUUGUACUUGCGUUUGAGUUGUCUGUACAUUGAGUCUUGGAGCCAUGUGUAGGCCGCCUGUCCACUGUGGACAGGUCAGGGUUUGGUUUAGGAUUUAGGUGGGAGGCGUUCUUGCGGAGUCGGAUGAAUAGCUGCUUGUGCAAACCUGGGUGGGACGGACCAAUAUGGAUUGGCCUUUUUACCUCGGCAACCCCAUCAGCUGGUAAUUGGCACCAUAUGUCAAGCAGAUGGAUUCCUGUGUAAUGUGCACGCCUUUAGUUCAGCCCACAUGAGCUUGCAGAAAGGUCGACCUGUGACACUUGCCCGUCGCCACCAAGAACUCUGGUGAUCUCACCAACAGCUAUAUGAUCUUUUUAUUUAUAGAUGCAGCACAUACACAUUAUACACUUUUGCAAACUUCUAGCACUGACAUUUUUACAAGUCUGAUAAAACUAUAGUCAGCUAUUUACCGCAAUUCUAUAUGGAUGCUAUCAAAAAAAUUAACGUUUUUACCACAUUGUCAACAAGAAGAGGUGAAAUUGUUUAAAAGUGCUGGACUACUUUCACAAAUUUCUGUGUAAUCUGGUUAUCUCUUAUUAUUCAGAAUUAAUAUAUGUUGUUGUUUGGUUAUGACCAAUCAGUAUCGAGUUACGUUACACAGGUGGGUGUUGUGAAUCAAACCGGAGCUUGCUGUUUGAGGCAUAAUGCUGCGUUCCAGUUGUACCCGGAAGUCGGAAUUUUCGAGCUCCGAGUCGGAAAUUGACAACAAUGUCAUAUUCUAAGAUGGUAGCGCAGUGCAUCAACAGUAAAGAGUAACAGUUAAACCUCUCAUAAUGUAUUAUUUAUUAGCACUUCUAUUUUUUUUGUGUGAAAUUAAAUAAGUGGUAUAUGUUGUACUGCCCAACGUCUAACUGUGAACACAGUGCUAUAGUGUUUGUAAGAGUAAAAUACUGUGUUAUGCGUUGUUUACAACUGGUAUUGCUAACAACAACAAAUGACCGCUGACAACAGCUAACAACAGCUAACAAUUGCAGACAACAGCUAAUAAUGGGUAACUGUAGGCGUCCAUCUUGGUUUUCCGACUUGUCUACUGGAAUGCCGUUAACUUGAGUGUAACGUCAUCCCCAGCUACUACAUCCGACUUCCGAGGUAACUGGAACGCAGCGUAACUACUGUCAUUACUGUCAUUUCAGUUACAUCUGAUCUUACUUAGUUAAUCUACUACUAAUGUCUGGGAGGAUGUUGCUGUAUUCAGGUCCAUGAAAAUGGACUCAGAUAUAAUGGAUAAACAAACAAAACAACAGUUCAGACAAGCAUAUAGUGCUUUACUGACCCCAUACUCUGAUAAAUCUCACAUUCCCUGAAGUCUUUUAUCUUUGACUCUUUGGUGUUAGAGGUGAGAGACCAUCUAAUAGUCUCUGGUUUUUAUUAAUUAGUUAAUUUCAUUUACUGUAGGCUGACAUUGCCCCCAGCUUUACAUAGAGGUCUCGUAUUUCCUCAACAUAUGGGACCCUUCUUUGCCAAACCUCCUGACAUGAGGUACACCCUGUUUACACAAGAUAGACGCACGAGACAGGCAGUAUGUCUCAGAAAUGGUAGGUGUUUAUCUUUAAUAUACCUUCACCUGCAGGCUGCAGGCUGUGACGCUUAUCCGGGGGAUUAUUGUGAACUCUUGUUUGAACCUUCGUCUUUGAUUUCAGAGGCAGAAACUACAAACCGCCAACAGCUUGCCCUGGGCGAGAUUGUACACAGACAUUGAAUGCAAUUAUGUUGUUUUCCACCAAGUGUGUAUGCUCUUCUUACAUUGAUUUUUUUUCUAUUACCCCUCACUUCAUAGAGAAUGACGAGUGAGUUUGAUGCUUGAACCAAAAGUGGUUGUACCGAUUAUUUUCAUGAACUCCUUUGUUCAUUUCACUCAAUACAGCUAAGUAUGUAUGAGCUCUAACAUUAUUUGCCAGUAUGCUUGCCAUAUUAACUUAAAUGUUAACAGGAUGUGGUUUUUAGACCUUUUUUUUUUUCUCCUGAAACUUCUAAAAGUUUCUCAGUAGCUGCUUUUCCAUGGGAGUUGUUUUGCUAAAACUGUUUGUGCUUUUUGAUGAUAUUGAAUAAAGGUUUGCGGCUCAGAUGUGGUGAAAGAUGCUUUGAGGCUGCUUUGACUUACUUUACCAAAAGUUCAACCUCAUGCUGGUUCCAAAAAAUCAAAUUGUGUUUCCAAAACCGAUGUGUAUUAGCAACAGGAAAACAGACCCCCACUUCUCUUCUGUUCUCUCUGCGUCUUUCUCAGUACCGGCGGACAAAACAACACAAGAUACUUUCUUUUAAAUUUCACAUUUAACUUAUCAAAAGUUAAAGCAAAGUAUGAGGGAAAGUUUUCUUUAACAUUUCUUCAAACAAACUGUAGUCUUGUUAGGGAAAACGCUUGAUCUGUUUUGGCCUCAUAUGAAGCCAAAACCAGAGGAUCAAUAGCGCAACUCAGCAUGACGACGAGAAGAAAGAGAGAAACCGCUAAUUGAGCUGCGUUUGAUGAUAACUUUCGGGACUUCUAGCUAAAUCUGAACCCUUUGAAAGGUCACAAUUGAACCAUUUCAGUAUCAUUUAUUGUAUUUGUGAAGAUUAAUUGGAAAGAAGGCAAGGAAAGAGGAUUUUAGUGAUGAUUUUAGAUGAUCUUUAGUGUUAAAUCCACACACACAAAGAAAAAAGGAAAAUGAGCAGCACAUAACCUCCAGGUAAACCUCGGCUUGUUGUUUAUAUUUUGGCUUUGUCUGGAUAAACCAAUAGGAUAUAACAUGUUCAUUUUUGAGCUUUAGAGUUCUGGGAAGGCAUGUUUUUGUUAUUUUUGGACUGAUCCAGGCAGGCUGUUUUCCCUCUAUUUUUAACCUACGCUAAGCUAGGCUAAUCACCUUGACUAUGGCCUCAACUUUAUAUUGUACUGUAAGAUAUGACAGCUGUAUCAAUACUCAUGUAUAAAGACCCAAAACGAGGGUAGUUACUUAUAGAUUUUUAGUACACACACACACUUAAGUUGCAGCAUAUAUCUGUCAGGAAUACGCCACACAAACAAACAUGACAUUUCCACUCAGCGGCAACAACAACACAUGUUUUUUCAGUGAUAACAUACUGUCCUCUCCGCUCCUCUGUCUUACACAUUGUCCUCGCUCACAGCUCCAGCAUUCCUGCGCUCUCUCGAUAAAGGUAUGUGGUCUGUUUUUUGGCCUGACUCCCAUCUUCCUCGGAUCCAUACAGGAGGCUUAGGAGGUUCAUCAUCGCACCUCUGGGUUUGGUUUUCACCUUUCGCCGGUCACUUCUUUUGUUCUUAAAGGCCACUAAAGAUGAGAGAAUACCCUUUCCUCACUGAACAGUGAAUUUUUUCUUUUAUUUGUUAAAGUUUGUGACAUUUUACAAGGGAUUUUAAUUUUCCUUGAUGCACACAAAGACAUGAUUUGUUCUCGUCUUUUCCCCUUUUAUACUUUUCAAAACAAAACAGAGGGAAUUAGAUAUGCGUAUCACCACUUAGAUGGAUUUGUAGCACUUAAAAAAUGUAAUCCAAGCAAAUCCAAAGCUCUCAUGGCUGUCUCCCCCGACAUGGAAUGGAAAUACUCCACUCAGUUCCUUCACCGCAUCUUCCUUAACAUUGUUUUGUGGAGGAAUUUCUGCACGAGAGGCUGCUCAACCACACAUGGCUCAGUCUCCUGCAGACAGACAGACAGAUGGCAGCCACAGAAUUAGGAUUCUGCAGCUUGUCGAGGUGUGAAUUAUGUAAUCUCUGCAAACCGAUCGGAGCAUUUGUGUCCUCUGAGCCAAGUAUUUGGUUAUUGCUUGUGCACAGACAGCUGCCAGGCUUUGGCACAGCAGGUUUUUUUUUAGGCUAUGAGUUGAAAACGCUGAAAAAAAGCCCCAUGGGGUAGCAGGGCACACAGGGUGAUCAGGUUCACCUGCUCCGCCACUGUGGUCAGUGUUAACUAGGAAAGCUCAGAGAACGUGACGUGAGUGUGUAUUUGCGUGCGCUCUCUUUUCCGCCGUGUCCUGGGGUAACUUGAUGGACAACAGCACAUCCAUUGUUUUUCCAAGGUGCAGUUUCUUCUCCGCUUGGAAAGCUGGGAUCCAACUAAGGCUGCUGGGAAUGGACAGGAAACCCACUCAUUCCCCCUCACUCUCCUUCUCUUCUCUUGCGUCAUUCAGCUCUGGAAUGAUCGUAUUAUGGUGGGCUGUGCACAUGUCAAAUUACGUUGAGUGCAAACCCAGCUACAUUGUAAACUUUCUUCCCCUCCGUUCAGCCCCCAGAAGCCUCCACUUCCCUGAGAUCCUGCAAAACUCUGAGCAGAUAACGGAGUCCACCACGCAUUAACAUUCAGCUGCUCAAACUGCUGCUGCUUUGUUGUACUUAACUUUGCCUCGCCUCCCUUUGUUACUCUCUCUUAACCCUAGUUGACACUUUAUCCAACCCACCACACACCUUAUACUUCACCACACAGACACACAGCUGGAUGGCAGACCAUUUUCGUUCGAGUGCCUGGAAGCACUCAAGGCUUUAAGCAAUCAGAAGAAGAAAAAAUAGAGAGAAAAAAAGGAGGAGGAGACAAAAAAAAAAAAACCCUGACGCAGUGAUGAAAGUCUGUCUUUAAGUUCCUUAAACUGCGUGCACCCUACAAUUGAGAAGCAGCAUAAAAAAGGCCUUUUUACUUUGCAGAUUUAUGCAAAUGUAUUGUCUUUAAAGAUUUCGCAACUUGUUAUGAAAGAUGUAAUGGACUUAUAACGCUCAACAUUUACCCCUCAUGUGAAGUGAAAUAGUCCUGUGAGGAUAUAAUUAUCUUUCCAUUAAAAGACUAUAAAAGGGUUAUUCAAUAUCUACACUCCAAUUGUUUUUGAGUCCUAAAAAAUUUAAUAGUUUUCAUAAUUAAAAAAGUCCUAAUUUCUGUUGUUUAUUUUUAAUAUGAACUCAAGGGUUUAAAGUGCAUUGGAAGAAUAUUAAUCUAACAAAUGUGAAUACUGUGUCUGAUGAAGUAUAACAGUGUGGGUGUUAGAUGACAUUUUCAACAGCUGAUAUCUUUACAAAUGUCAAAACAUCAGCCUGCAAGCGAAGAAGGUACAACAUGAGAGGUUAUUCUGCCCUGUCAAGCAAAGUUGUAUUUUUAUAUUUUCUAAAAGUACGUACAGCUUUAACUUUCUAACAUGCCUUUAGUUUUGGUUUAUGGGAACACUGGUGUGGACUACUUGGUACAACGUAGUGUUUCUCUAAGCUUUGUGCUCCUUUUAGCCUCUUUUAGCUCAUUGUUUGGGUCCUCUGUACAGUGAACUCUAUACUUGGGUCCAUCCAGCUCCCUUCAUUCUCAGUUUUUAAUUAAAGCAAAUUUAUUAAGUUUCCAAGCAGAUCUUCUGAUUAAAACUGAAUACAGGUUAGUAGAAACUGGGACAUUUACUUUUGCAGGGGUUGGUGGGGACCAAACUUGAGAAAAAAGUGGAGUAUAUAGUUAACAGUGAAACACUAAGACUGGGUCCACGUUUAUUUUCUUGAAAGUCAUUUUUUGGGUAGAGUUCCUUGAUGGGUACAGCAGCUUGAAAGAAACAGGUCUGUGGUAGGCCAACGAUACCAACAUGCUAGCAUUAGUCAGCCUCUUUUUCGUCAUGUGCAGUUCCAUUGUUUAAGGAUUUGUACUCACAAAAUAACAAAUUAGCUACUCUCUCUAGAAACUUUGUCAACUGGUAGAGUCACAGCAGUCUAACAGAGCAAGUUUGGGGCCAUAACUCAAGAAUUGGCACUGAAGUUAAACUAGAAGAAGAUCUGCUUCAUUGUGAACUCCAUUUUGAAUACUGAACGAAAUGAAUGAACAUAAUUGGUCAGAUACCAAAUGAGUGGCACUGAUUCUUACUUAAACUGUGGUGAUAAUGUAGGUCAGGAGGUCUAUGAUGAAUCCACAUUGAGACAUCCAUAUUUAAAGUAUUUUCAUUUCAAUCAGAUUCCGCUUUAUUGGCCAAAUGGUUGUUGACCUUUGGUUUUUGAGAAAUAAGACCCACGUGAUUUUAGUCAAGUCUGAUUAAACAGAGGUGUGCAUCACAAAUCAAAAUCAAAUUAUCAUUUGAAGCCUCAUCGGGUGCUCAUCAAACAACAUCCUCUGACUAAUUCAGCUGUUAUUAUCAACACAAUUGCUUGGCUGAGGCGUAGAAGACGAGCGUGAGCUGGUAAUUUCAGUUGUGUAUUGUUUGUGUGUAUUGUCCUAGAUUUGUCAAAGCUGUUGAUGCGUGUUUGCCACUGUGGCUGCAAUUUAGAGGUCAUAGACCCUCUGUCGUUGGAGCUGGUGGCCUCAGGCAGACUAGGAUAAACAAUAUUAUGUUGGCGCUAAGCGGAAAUAAUAACCAUGUGGGUGGUGUUGGGGGUAUAGUUGAAACACGGUGCAGGAAUGAGGAUGUUAUAUAAGCUGAAAACAGUACUCAUUGACCCAGCCACUGAUUGUCAGAGAAUAAUUGAUCUGAACGUGAUAAGAAAGGAAUAAAAUGAUUUCUGCUCCUGCUGUGGGGUCGUUUGAUGCAUUUCAGUUAAAUUACCUGCAUAUUAAACUGCUCCUCUCUGCUGUAAGCGAUCAUUGAGAGUGGUUGUGCAUUUUUGACUCAAGGUUGAAGGAAUUGAUGGGUUAGUGCAGCUACGCCAUAAAUGAAUCGUUGCGUCCCAUUUAGGCUUGACAUACAGUGUAUGACUUUGCAGCGGCCGUGGUGGAAAGUGGACUCAAGCUGUGCGAGUGGAUUAUUUUUGACUCCCGCAGUGUAUGUCCAACCUUACCCAAGACAAGGUCAACAAAAAGACGAGCUGCCGCUGUGAUCACGUGGCACAGGAAAUCACUCGAAACCAUGUUGAAUGAAUUAAAAGAACAACAGCAAUUUGUUUUUGUUUUUUUUUAACACAUAAACAUCCAAAUAGGAGAAAAAUUGCGAAUUGGCUUUCAAAAAAUAUUCUAUUUUUAAGACAUGCCAUACAUGACGUCUUUAUAAAUUGUUGCACACCUAUAAUUGGAGCUGAAAUUGGUUGUUUCCUGCUCUUGAUUGACCAAUUUGGAUGUUUUUAGACAUUUGAAAAGCUUUUUAUGCUUUUACGAUUCAGUCAAGACGAAGGUGAUAAUUUUUCCGUGGUCGGAGUUUGUGCUCUCCCACUACCUUAAUUGCUCUCCAGGGACGUAAGGGCCAACAUGAGCCCACAUCUGAACAGGUAAAUUAAGCAGAAUGAAAGCCAACAUAAAAGGCACAUGUUGGCGGCUUAAAGAGGUGCUGGAUUGGUGAAAAGUACAAGAAACCCUGACCACUGAGCUUUUAACAGAAUACAAAUGUAGUAAAUUGAACCUAAAAGCUACUGAUGGAUGAAAAGACAUGUCAUAUCUACUAGCAUAUCCUUUUUUUUCCCCCUUUAUUCGAUAGAUCAAAAGUGGAAAGACGGAGAAGGAGUGUCAGCAGCUGCUGCUCAGGAGCCUGCAGUACCUGGAGCGCUACAUUUACCUCAUACUCUUCAACACGUACCUACACCUGGAGAAGAAAGACUCGUGGCAGCGCUCCUUCACUCUCUGGAUGGAACAGGUACAUGAUAGCUGCCUCAUCUCCUCUUUUUCCAACUUUCUUCAAUCCCACUGACGCAAAAAAUAACAAAAAAAAUGGCAUGGAAUGAAAGUAACUGUGUAAUUUGUAACCACGGGACAUACUCAAAACAUUGUCUUAAUUAAAGCGCCAAGUUCUCCGAGGUCCUCUGGAUGAAAAUGUCGAGUCAAUGCCCCCUGUAACCCCCGACAAGUUGUUUUGAGUGUCUCAGAUGUUGCAUUCAGGCAAAGAGACCUGCUGGUGACACCUACGUCUAUUUAUGUGACUUGUCACUUGCUGCUCUGCAGGUGUGAGGCUUUCUGGUUAUUGCUUUUUCAUUAAAUCAUAGCAGGAGGGAGGAAUCUGUAAUUACUCAUAAAGCUGUGCAAGAAUAAUGAGGCGGAAUAAACAGGGGGUGAAGGACUGAUGUUUUCUUUUUCUUUUCAGUACUUGAUUAGUGUGGGCUCCUCGAGAUUCGAGGUUCAAGGUGGCUUUAUUGUCAAUUCUGACACAUGCAGAGGAUUGAAAUGAUACAGUAAACAUUCAGUAUAGAAAUAAAAAGUAUAAAAGUAUAUAUUAAUAACUUAAUAAUAAUAUCUUUAUUUAUAUAGCACCUUUAAAAACAGAAGUUUACAAAGUGCUUUGACAACAGUUACAAGCACAGAACAUCAGCACAUGAAAAUAAAAACACAUAAAAACAAAAGCUCGGUUAAAAACAGGCCUCUGAAUUGUAAACCCAGGCAAUACAAGAACCCUACAAAAUAAAUGGGACCAUGAGGACCAAAAUAAAAACAUAAAAUGAAAUAGAAAAGGAGGGCAGGAAACAGGCUAGUAAGUGUAAAAGAGGAUAUUAAUAAUAAUAAUAAAAUCAUAAUAAAAUAAUAAUGAUGGCAAUAUAAAUGAUAAAGUGGAACAAAAAAUAAAAUAAAAUAAAAAACAUUAAAAUCAAUGAAGGACCUGAGAGAUAAACUAAGAAAAGAUUAUAAGUAAAACAAAGGCUAAAAGGACAGUAAGUCUAAAUAAGAAAGAGGUAAAAGAAAAAGGAGAAAAAGAAAAAAGGUAAAAGACGGUAAAAGAUGGCAUCACAUAAAAGCAAGUUUGUAAAAGUGAGUUUUUAAAAUUGACUAAAAAGAAGCGACUAUAUAUCGGAAGAAAAGUAAGAGUGCAACACAAGUCGUUCAUCUGAGUUUUUCACCAGGAAUUUACAAGCUGGUUCUGGUUCUAUUGUGGCCUGCAUCUUCACACACUGAACUUCAUAAUGUCCCGGCUCUGUGUUUUUGUUGGUACAUUAAUGGUUUGACCAGCUGUGCCCCUACAGUAAAGUGGAGAAUUUAUGGGCAUUCCAGACAAAUGAGUAGUCUGUGAAUGGUACUAAACGCGCACACACAAGGACACACACACAAAAAAACACUCAUAACAUGUAUGUUACGAAAUGUUAAACUCACACGGUAAUAAAAAAUAAUCAGUUUUUGGCAGGUUAUGAAACAAAAAGGCUAAUUUAAGUAUAAACAAAUAAAAAAAAUCUGUGUUAUACGGCUUCAUUAUGUGUUUAUAUGCGUUUGUUUGCUAUUAAAAGGUGUUAGCUCUCUUGUGUGCAUCCAAGCUUUAACAUCCGGCGUUAACAUGUUUUUAUAUAAAGGGAGAAAUUCCACUUUUCUUAUUUGAAGGCAGGUAGACCGGAGAAACGGAGCCAAGAGACUGGAAUGUUUGAAAACCCGCUGAACGAAAAUCUCCCGCCUUCAUUGUCCUCAUCGGGGUGGAAUAAACUCAAAGUAAAAACGCCAAAUUCCAAAAUAGUCCCGAACAAUCGCUGUGAAAACAAUUGUCACAGAAAUAUGCGCAGUCAAUCGGGGCAUAUUCUUCCUGUUAUGAGUAGCAAAUAUAUGUGGUGCAUCAGAGUGACUCUAAUGGCCCAGAUAUGCCAUGAGAGAAUAAAGGCGCGCUCACAGGGAGCAGGAAUGCUCUGUUUUAAAGCAGGCAGCAGAAAACACUUGAGGAUUUUUCAGCCUUUUAUCAGCUAGAUUGGCAUUUCCACUACUUCUUAACAAAAAUACCUCCUGUUAACUGGGAAUUUCCCUUAGUUUGAAAAAAAAAAACCUUGAGGGUUUGACUUAAAAAAUUGAACAAGAAUCUGGGUCAUAGUUUGUUCAAAAACCAACCAAACUCCCAGAAAAAAGCUGCAAAUAUUUAGAUAUUGUUUAGUACUAAUAAUGUGAACUGGCAUUGUUAAUGGUGCAAUCUGAGGACUGUGAGCCCAAUAUUAAAUCCCUUUUUGUGAUUUUGGUCCCCACCAGUUAUACACAGUAUACUAUACAGCUAUACUGACUAGUCACUAACUGUGUAUAUUUGUCCAUUUGUAGCUGAGCAGGAUGUAUAAAGUAGGUUUAGAUGCUUUUUCCACCCAAAGCAGCUUCCUGCUGUGACCAAGUAAAACACAAUAAACUCACGAGAGGAAAUCAAAAUUGAUCAGACCUGAAGCAAAAGGAAUUUGUUUGCUAAGUUUGUCCUUCGGUAUUGGAAAUAAACACUGAUUAUAGCCUCUUUAAAAUGAGCUAAAACUCCCUCUCAUCGUUAUCGCACUGGAAGAAAUAGUUUUUGUAUUGGAUUGAAAAUUGCUUUAAGCUUUUACAAACUGCUCCUCGUGCUAUCUACUGACCUUGUUUGUGUUUGUUUGUGAUCCUUGAGUCUGCAUUCAGCCUCCAAAUAAAAGAAGCUGUGUGCAAAUCUUUGCGUUCACCUCCCUUUAGUUCAUGACUUGUUUAAAGCACAAAAAAUCCUGACCUCCCUCACAUUAGAGCUAGUAGAUCCAUGUACAAAACAUUUCUCUUGAUACUCCAAUGUGAAGUCUUUUCAACAACCUUUUAAAUCAUUUAUUAUUAACAUAUAAAGUUAAUCUGGGCCUUUCUACUCCUACAUGAAAAAGUUGUGUGCAUCAAGGUCAGUCCACUUCAGGCUCUUUAGAUUCCACAGCUUAUUAUUACCUGAAAUGAAUUGAGUCUGAGUUGAGUUACAGUGGAGAGGAAAAACUUCCUUUAACAGGCAGAGACCUUGAGUAGAACCAGACUCAUGUUAGACAGUCGUCUGCUGCUACUGCAUUGGGUUUAGAGAGAGGACAAUGUGAGAUACAGUCAUCAAGGCUCGAUGAGGUUGAGGUAGGUCAUGGGUAUUGGAAUUAAAACAGCAUUACAUCAUGAAAAAAAGUGAGACUUAAGCACAAAGUAGCUGGAGAGCAGACAGAUCCACGGCAGUCAGACGUCUGCAGAAGCAAUCCAGAAGAACCUACGGCAUGAUGGAGUUUAGGGACUCUCAGAAAAGACUGUUGCUAGUGUCUAGGCACUAUUGAAGUCCUGGCCGAGUAAUAGUCUCAGUUUGUAGGGGUGGGAGAAAAAAUCAAUUCAGCAUAGUAUCAUGAUAUUUUGUCUGGUGAUAUGUCGUAUUGUCUCAUCCACCAAGUAUCGAUUUUUUGAAGUAAUUGCUUAUACGAACUCAGGUCUAUAAUAAUGGAAAAAUAAAAUUAAUUGUUUGUCCAGUGAGGUUGGCAAAAGUGACAUCAUAGAGCAGGAAAAAAUUAGUGCAACAAAUAUGGCACCACCUACAUUAGGAAUGCAAGCAGGACACAAAUGAGAUUCACAUGACACAGGAGGUUUCCAAGAUGUGCGAGAUGAAAAUAGAAUAAUGCGCCUAUAAGACAAAAGUAAAGAAAAGACAAAUGCUAAAUCAGCUAAGCAGUUGAAAAAACUGUACAAAUCGUAAUAUAUGGUACUGAAAUACUCACUGUACCUCAAAAUGUUUAACAUCGGGAUAAUAUCGAAUCGUGGCCCAAGUGUCGUGAUAAUAUCAUAUCGUUGGGCCACCUCUUGGUAUUGGUUAUUUCGGGAGAUUAAUUCCAUCAUUACAAUAAUAACCUUAAUUUUUUUAAUUUUGUACCCAAAAUAAUGUCUGUGUACUCAAUAAUAGCUCAGAGUGUGGUUGUUCUUUUUCAAUUACAGCAAUGAUGACUGAAACUUGUAGCUCAUUAAAACUUGACUUAGUCAAGGAUUAAUUAAUAGUUUACCAGCUGAAUCCUAAUCCUGGUGACAGUGUUACAGCUCCUGUGUAGAGCUCACAAAAAUGACAUUACUCUCCCAGUUAUGGUCAGAGCGCACUGGCAAUGAAGCUUAGACAUGAAGUGUAUCAUCUUUUCAAAGGGAGAUAAAAACUGUCUACUUCAUUCUCUAAUAUAGGUGUAAAUAUCGAAUGUUAUUGUACACAUGCAGCGUUUUGUAAAAUAAAAAUAAUAAAAAAUAGAAAACUAUUACAAUUUCACUAUCAUAAGAAGAGUGAAUUUCUGUGGUCUGAUGAUGAUAAACAGUACCCUGUUUUGAGGCACCUUAGCCUGCACAACCUGCUUUAGUAUUCUGCAGACAUCUUCUGUCUGACACUGAUAAAAACAGAAGACUCCCAAAACCACUUGAGUGAUAUUCAAUUCUCGUUUUUAACAGAGUCUCUCUGUAAACUAUUUGUUUUUUAUCAAACAUGCAACAAUAUUUUUAUCAAUUGUUUUCUCAAAUAAUAAAUUAUUAGCAGGGUGUUGAAACAAAUUAUCAUCUCUGGAUUGUUUAUGAUCAAUAAAAAGUUGUUAACUUUCCAGAAAGUGUCUCACUAGUCUCCAGUUGGUUGCUUUUACUCCAUGACUGAAAUGCUUUUCUGAUAAGGAUAAAGGGUUUGUUGUUCUUGUUUUUUUUUUUCCACGCUUUAGUCCCCUUCACUGUCUUUUACUCUCACAUUUGACAUUGUAAACAACAAUAAAAACCUCAGUUACACUCAGAAGUAUGUUUUGACAGCACGAAUCAAAGCAUUUUUCACGCUGUUUGAACUGAAUGGGAGUAAACUUCACCAACAUGUCACUCUUUGACAGGAUAACUUUAGUGCUGCGCUAAAACAAAACCAAACAAACACAGCACAUCCCAGUAAAAGACAUAGAUUUAGUCUGAAGAUGAAAUGUCCCCGAGUUACACUGCUUGUAAGGGGUUUGAACCGGUGGACCUAAAAGAUUGAGGCGGUCACCAUGGCAACCGUUCCUUUUGGCAUCGGGUUUUGGAUUAGGUGACAUCUCCUGAUUGAUUUCUGAGCACAGGGGUGACUUACACAAAGGACAACAAAGAUGUGGGCCACAGCUGGGACUGACCACAUGCAGAAACUCGGACAUCCAAAUGUCUCUCUCUGUUUUGCACGUCUACCGCCCACUACGUCUUCAGGGAUUAUGUGACAUGUCCUCAAUAUUGCUUUUUCACAUCUUCUUCUUUUCCCUUCUCUUCUUUUUCGUCUUCCCCCUGCCCUUUACAGAAGUUCUCAAAAGUAUUUAGCAGAAUUUGUACUGGGUGAGCUCGCAGGAAAGUAAUUAAAACAUGGCAUUGCAUCACCUUUUAUGAACGUUAUGAAAAAAGUUCUAAAAUAUGAAAAUAGUUGAACAGAAAUAUAAUGUUGGGGAGUCUUGUGACACACGUGAUCCACUUUGCCCACACUAACUGCAGUAUUGUGAUGAAUUUAGUGGCCCAGUUGCAGCAGAAAUCUGGCAGCAGCCCAAUCAAUCCUAUCCAACCUGCCCGAGGGCGCAAUCAUUAGCCUAUCAUCAGUGACCGUGGCAGGAUCAUUAAUGACAAACUGUGAACGCCAGAGGCAGUGGUCUGAAGUCAUUACCAUCCCUGGUUAGGCGGUAAAGCCCCCUGUUAUACAACCUGUUAGAACUGAGGCCAUCCUGCAUCCUGAUCGGGGCGUUAGCAUGUGUCUGUGCAUGGACUAGUUUGAUUACUGCGGCAGGAGCAGAGUGUUCCGAUAAGGAGCCGAUGACCUAUUUGGUCUUGUACUUCAAAACAAGCUUAGAAGCAAGAGUUUUCUUCAGUUUUAUUGCAGGAUAAUGAAGCAGAAAUUAGCUUUUAAGCAUUAAUGUCAAUCAAUCAAUUCAGUCAUUAAUAUUUUCUUUGUUUGAGGCAUUACAAAGACCAAAGACUUCCCUUUAACAGGCAGAAACCUUGAGCAGAACCAGACUCAUGUUAGACAGCUACCUGCCGCCACUGGGUAUGAGAAGAGAGGGGAUGGAUAGAGAUAUGUAAAGAGAGUGAGGGAGGGACAGCAACAACAACAGAAAUCCAAGAAAUGUGUUGAAUAUGGGAGUUGAAGGUAACAUCCUGAUCAAAUAGAACUCCUAGAUUCCUUACAGUGGGACUUGAUGCCAUUUAACGUUAAUAUGUCAUUGAAAAACGCCUCUCUAAGUUGUUAAAGAUCAAGAACAAGAACUUUGCUUUUGUCUGAGUUGAGCAUCAGAAAGUUAUUGAUCAUCCAAGACUUUAUAUCUCCAAAGCAAGCCUCUAGUUUGGUUAUCUGAUUUGUUUCUUCUGGCUUCAUUGAUAAGUAUAACUGAAUGUCGUCUGCAUAACAGUGAAGUUGGUUUCCUCAUGAUUUUAUUCAGAGGAACUGAACCUUAUGGCUUUGACUUUGGUAUUUACACAGGAUUUAUUUUUAAAAAGGACAAACUGAGAUCGAUCUGAUAGGUAAGAUUUAAACCAGGUUAGAGCCGUUCCUGCUAUGCCGAUUGAUUAUUCUAGUCUCUGUAGCAGCAUGUGGUGGUCAAUCACAUCAAACAUAGCAUUAAGAUCUAACAGGACAAGAACAGAGAGAUACCCACUGUCUGAAGCCAGAAGUAGGUCAUUUGUCACCUUCAGCAAUGUGGUCUCCAUGGUGUGGUGGACUCUAGAUCUGGACCGGUAAUCCUUCAAUAAACUGUUGUCAUGGAGAAGGUCACAACGUUGAUUAGCAACAAUGUUCUCUAGGAUUUAAAGACAAAGGAAAGGUUCGAUAUCGGCCUAUAGUUCGCUAAGGUGCCUGAGUGAAGAGAAUUUUUUUAAGUAGAGGUUUAAUCCCAGCAAUUUUGAAAGACUGGGGAACAUAACCUGUCAAUAAUGACAUAUUAAUCAUGCUAAGUAAAGACGUACUAAAUAAAGGAAAGGUUUCCUUCAGCAGCAUGUCAUAUCAAAGCUUGUUUAUUUCUCUGCUCCCAAACGUUGGGAUGAAAGAUAAAUAUAAUUAGUGUGCAUGAGGCUGCAGAGGUCACUAGUGUGAUUUUAAAGCAGUGUAUGCUGCAUGUUCAUGAUGUGAAUCCCACUUAUUGUCUCUUUGUGGGCACGUUGGACAAAUAUUGUCUCUGGCGUCAUUAGCUCAUGUCGCCCCGUGUCCAUGUAGCGAGAUCAGAGCAGAAACAUCAGAGGAGUCAUUCGAAAUGAAAUCCAUGUUUGCUAAUCCAAAACAUGGCGCUUUACACAAUGUCAGGACUUGUGUACAGUGCAUACCACGCAUGCCUGCAGGAGAGGUACCCUAUCAGUCACUCCAGCUGUUUUGAUGUGUGGCACAGAGGCCUCCCUGUCCCCCCCUGCUCAGGCCCCUGUAUAUGCAGCCUUUGAGAUAGCCGACGGUGGGAAAGACCAGCACCUCCUCACUGCCCUGCUGCUCCAAUCACCGAACGAGUAUUGAUGUUUGCUUUCAAUGUAGGCUCAAAGAAGAGUCUUGGUCGCAUUUUGCCCACUGUCAGGGACUCCCCGCUGUGUUCAGAUGACUUUUAAUGUUUUUGUUUUUUUUUUCUUAAAUGUGUGAAAAAAAAGGGUUUCGAAGAGGACUGAACCUUUGAAGCCAUGAGAGAAGUAGACAGCUUUCAUUUAUGGUCGAAUCAAAUGCUGUUUGUGUUUUUUGUGUUUGUUUCUGAAUCAAAUCAACCGUCACAGUGGGAGUAAAAAAACAUUUUUCUACAGUGAAAAAUUGUACGUGUUUAUCUGUAUCAAUGUAGAUAAGUUUGAAAGUGUUGUAUCUGUUAGCAGCAAAAAUCCAAUGUCGUGCAUCCCCAAUUAAAACUUAGUUUUUAAGGUCCUUACACACCAGCGAAUUUGCGAGGGACGCGAAAAAGCGAGACGAAAAUGCGGAAAUAUUUGCCGGUCCGAAAAAUCACUUUCGCUUAUACACACCGGGUGACCACUCUGUGGUACACGCUCUCCCCCAUCGUUGCUCUUGGUGCCAGUGGUGGUGUGUGUUGUGUGAACUGCAGCCGCAUGGGUCUGUGACGUCAUCAACAACAUGACUUUUGAUUGGCCAGAGGUCUAGCAGGUCCAGAUAUUCGCCUGCGACUCUCCGAGAAAUUCGACACAAGAGCGAAAAAAUAAAAGAGGCUUUUCGCCCCGCGGAAAAAUCGCCGCCAGUGUGGAAGCUUGCAUUGACUUUAUGCUGUUUUAAAAAAAAAGGCGAAUAAAGGCGAAUAAUUUGCCUGGCGAAUUCGCGCCUGGUGUGUUAGGACCUUUAGAGAAUAGCAAGAGUAGUAGUUCCUCUUCAUGCUUAAGUUGUACGCAAUGGUACAACUUUCUGGUAGAAAUCCAUGAAGACGAAAGUGUAAUACUGGGCAUAUUAUAAUAAUCUUACAUGUAAAGCACCUUAAAAAAGACAGGUUUACAAAGUUUGUUGACAGAAAAAAAAGAAGCAAAAAGCAACAAAAUUAAAAGAACAGUAAAAGCACCAACAGCAAAAUAAUAAACCAUAGCAGAGGGAAAGAGAGUUUAGAAUUCAAAGCUUAAAUGGGAUGGGGUUUCAGAGAAAUUAAUUAAAAACUACAUUUCUUGCAGAGGCAGACGGCUGACCGCCAAUAUAUCUGGAUCUACUCACGAUUUCUGCCUGCUUACAAGAAGUUUUUCCUCUCCUUCCACUUCUGCAAAUAUUUGCUCAAGUUGGAAAAACAGAGCACAGUCUGGACCUGCUUAUUAUCUGAAGUGUGACUAGAUAACUGUUGUUGUUGUUGUUGUUGUUGUCAGGGACCUACAUUUAAAAUCAAAUGGUUGAUUGAAGCGCUGGAAAAAGAACUUUAUGGGGAAACCUCCUCCGGAUAUUUAGUCGGUGGCUUUGGUGAUAGCAGCUGGGAUCAUUUGGGAAAGAGCAAACCUGGAGCAAGGAAGACAACAAAAUGUCAGUGGACUAGUUGUCACAUGCAGUCAACCAUGAUCCCCUUCCAUCACAACCCCCUCCCAACAUCCGCUCAUGGGAGAUCGUGAAACCCUGGGCUACAACCAUGAGCGAAUUGGCUUCUUGUAAAUGUCUCCUUGCUGUUCCAGACACACUCGUCUUGUAUUUAGACAGCUGAGCUGUGGAGGAGAUGAGUCAAGUUAAGAGCACUGGUGAUCAGCACAAAAUCAGAGGAUGUCCCGGAUCUCCCAGAUGCUGACUAACUGUUCCGUUGCACCCACUCGUUUUUUCCCCUGUAAAUACUACCUCAUUUGGCAGCCACCCAGGAUCCCAUCAGUGCUCCAUCGCUGCAUAUGUUUGCCUUUAGAGUGGAGGAGAUACAUGACAGAAAGAGCUGCAUCAUCAUCAUCAGUCUGACAAAGUAUCAGCUCGACUAAGGAGACAUUUCUGGGUCACAUAAUAUCUCAUGUAAGAUGUGAUUUUGCUCAGUCAGCAAACUGGUAAUCUUACCAAACUCUGUGGCGCUCUGCUCUUGGCUUGUUUGUGCACAAAGCUGGCCGGCUGAGCUAUAAUCAUUGUCAGUGAGAGUGAUAUCUUGAUACUGUUAUUCCUGUUCAUUGUUCAGCUUUUUUUUUUUUUCUUCUCCUCAGCCUUCAGCCUGACCGUGCAGUUUUUUAAAAAUCUCUUCAUACAGGAUUACCUCACAGCCUCCAGAAUCAAACCACACUCAUGUUUUCUUCAGCUUCAUGCCCUUGUUCACCCGGAUGUUUACUCCUUCUCUUGCAAAUUCCUUCCCGCUCUAAAUCUGCAGACUCCUCGACCGCCUGAGGCCAAGGGGGAAAAGUGAAAUUGGCUAAGUGUUUUAGGCCAUCUAACUUCCCCUGAGUCAUUCCCCGAAUGUCUUCUUGGGUCUCAGAAACUUGCCAGGAGUCGGCGGUUUAGCUGUGAACUGUAUCGAUUCCAGGCUGAGAGGACAAGCUGCAGGAGAUAACUUAACUGCUGUGCAUACAAAAUUAUAAACCUGAUUUUUUUUUUCGUUUUCUAUGCACUCUCUUAUCAAAUUUAAUAGCUGAGUAUCACACUCCAGCUCAGCAUUUCUGAAGCUUCUCCUGCAGAGUAAACUUGGCAAGCUGUGGCACUCCUAAUGAGGUAUUGAAUCUUUAAAGUUUUUUUUUUUGCCGUCUGCAGGGUUUGUUUAUAUUUGUUUGUAUUGUUUGGCUUUAUGACCAGAUGUUUCUGGUUGUCCUUGGUGCUUCCCAUCAGUCUUACAGUGUUUGACAGCCUCAGCAGACCAUGAGUCAGUGCGACCGGCUGCUUCACACGAACACACAGCUCGCUCUCCCGGGACGUCUCUCCUCCAUCCUCAUUAAUUCAGUCCUGACUCAGGCAAAGAAAAAAAAAAAAAAUAACAUACAGUUUCCAUGGUGUUGUUCCAUCUCUGCGCUUAAAGACAAUAGUGAGGAAGAUGGUUUUCAGUUUUUAUGGUAAUAUGUUCAACAAAUCCUUUUCCUGGUAGAUGUAAACACUUGUAAAAUCAGCACAAGGAGGCACUCAAAGAGUAUAAAUAUACGUGAAAGAAUGGGAUUUCUAUAUUACUCUUUGAUUAUAUCUUUCUAUGGGUUGUCCUCAUUUAACACUUUAAUUAUGCGCUCAGAUGUGCAGUAGAUGACAGGCAGCGAACAUGCAGGAACUGAGCUGACCUCCUGUUACAAAUGCGCUCUGUUUCUCACACCUUCAUGUGAACAGAGAGGCACAGGUUAAACUAGGUCAGAUGAAUCUUUUUAUACAGCGUGAAGAACUUUGACUUCUUCUUGCUGAUUUUUCUUGUACUGAAAUGUUUGCAACUUUUCUUAAUUUUGACAAAGCUGUAGAUUCAGGGAUCUGAUUUUACAAACAAACCUCCUAGAGUAGGAUGUAGGGCUGGGCAAUAAACCGAAAAUUUACCGGUACCGAAAUUUACGACAAAAACCAACGUCAUUUUGCCUGGUGUCAAAUAAAUAAAUAAAUAAAUACAAGUUUGUUUGGGGCGUGUGUAGGUAGGCUAUGGUCUCAUGUCCCUUUUAAGAUGCUGUCCUAUGUUGGAGACGUGGCUCCACCCCAUCCAGUCUGUAACAAAGAGGGAAAGACAGGUGAGGAGAUGGAGGAUGGUUCAAAAGUUGGAGCGGCGUAGCGGCGGCUGAAGUAGACGAAGUUAAUGUGAGAGGGGGUAAACGGCUUGUGAAGUAGUUAUCGUUCAUUAAUCGUUAUCGAGGUGAACUGCUCAAUAUAUCGUGAUAUAGAUUUAUGACCCUAUCACCCAGCCAUAGUAGCGUGCACAAUUUCACUCUGUAAAGUUUUUCCAAAGAAAUUUUUUAUAAAAUGAGAUUCAACCAUGCAGGAACUCCUACAAAUGAGUUUUUACAUUUGGUUAGUCAGCAGAGUCGAGGGUAGCUGGAUAAGAAGUCAAUUCAACUUCUGCUACAAAACCAAACUGCUGCUUAAAUUAGCAAAUAUUCGGUGAAACAUGCUUCAAAUUGGCGAACUGAAGUCAGAGAAAAGUUUGUUUCCUUUGCAGGACUGUCAAACCUAGCCAAAGGCAGGAUGAGCUGCAACCAGAAACCCUUCCGGCCUCAGUAACCUAGAGGGAAUUGAUAACAACAGACAUGGCACUGAUUUGUCAAACACACCAUAAAAAAACAGAAUUUAAGCAGCAGUGAGGGACUAGGUUGGCCUGAGCCACCUCUACCUCCUGAGGGGUCUGAGGUCCUUACACAUCCUUGGUGAUACCAGGGAUGUUUUGUGUGUCUGUGGUGGUGUGAGCUAAACUCCAGCAGAGCCAAUCAAGGCCAGUGAUGUUGUGGGGGUGGAGCUGGACCCUGACCGAUGCUGUUAAAAGUGACACGUCACACCCACUCAGAAGCACAUCCAGUGAUGGACUCAUUCCCCGAAACGCCACAGGAAGUCCUUUUAUUCCUGUGGCCAUCAUGAGCGGGCCGCACAUUCAAUGCCAGAUUUAGAGCUUGAUUUGUAACUGGGGGAUGUGACCUGAUUUAAGGCUUGUUGUAACCGAUUAUCUGUCGAGGUAAUCCUAAAGUGUGUGGUGUGAACAUGAUUAUUUCCCUGCACUGACUGAGCGGACUCUAACUGCUCACAAACAUGCAAACGUGCUUAAAGCUCAUAGACUACACCCAUACUAACUUCUCAGGCAGAUCCUUUUUUUCCCCAUGUUUUAGUUUCCACUGCAAGGGGACAGCCAGCUGACUAUGUCAAUCAUUCCUCGAUUGAUCCUCCGUUUCGCUUCGUCUUCUAAAGUUACAUUUGUUCAUGAAAGCGUGAGAUCUCGUCUGUUAAAUCACCGCUGUGAAACCAUUACCGCAGAUGUAUAGUGUGUGGUCUAGAGGUCUCAUGGAGCGAUCUAGUGUGUGUGUUCAGAGGAUUGUUAUGCUAAAAACUGGUCCAAAGUAUCCUCAUAUGUGUGGUCUCCAACACUUAGAAAAACAGUUUAGAUCUGAAAGAUUUAAAUGCCUCCUCCUUAACAAAUAUGAUGUAUGUUCAACUGCGAAAUCGAAGUCUAAUCUAGAAAAGUUGAGUGUGGACACCAAAGUGGAUAACUCUCUCUCUUGGCUGUCAUUUUAAAAGUCUGUGUCUUUUAUACUCAUUCAAAAGUGUUUUAUUUGAGUCCCUUGUGUGCAGUUUUAGCCCGAUGAGCUUGGGCUGAGACAACCAAUGACAACACCAUGACAUCAUUGAGGUUACAUUGUUGUAUGUUGUGUCUGUGUGCAACGUAAGCCCAAGUAACCCAGCUUUACUGCAGGGAUUCGCUUGUAAUGAAGUAAUUUUAACUUGUGGUGUUGGUAUUUUCGACUAUAUUCGACCAUUUCCUGUUGUUUUCCCAACCCGCAGCAGAUCCCUAUUGUUCUAACGCGACAGCUGCACAUGUAAGAAACCAUCAGAUGACAUGUUUAAACUCCGAAAACGUGGUGGUCAGAGCUUUUUCGUGCGGUCAUGACAGGCGGAUAAAAGAAUGCCUCCCCGCUCGCUCUCUUCAUGAACGUUUUGUGUGUUUCUGUGGUAGGUGGCUGCCAGAGCCGGAGUUUAUGACAUCCUCAACCAGCUGGGCUUCUCCGAGUUCGAAAACCCGAGGGACUCGCCAUUGGCCCGGCUGCGCUACCGCUGGCAACAGAGGAACAUACAAUCACUUCCUUUCCGUGGGGAGUUCAUCUGAGAGUGGGGGGUCACUGUGAACGCACCAGGACAGUACUGUGCUUUCUAAAUUCAGAGACAUUCACAUUAACUUUGGUAUGCCUUCUAUGUUUACCCCUGUAUUAUGCAUAUCUUCCCUUCAGCUAUCUUUUGUGUCACUGCUAUUUUUUUCCAAACUUACUAGCAGUCUUAACUAGAUUGUGUUUUUACGCUGAAUUCGACAUUCGAGGUUGAUAUUUGUGCCUUUGUUUCUCAUCAAUAAUAGACAAUAGCAAUUUGAUGUACUAAUAUUUAUGUUUAUUUUUCAAAUCAAGCGUCUUAUUCUCCAGAAGGAGACACUCCUAAGUCCUCCGCUGUAACAGGAGGAGAGUUAAAUAUUGUUAUGGAGGAGAGAAAUUCCACUGUGUUGUCAGCCAACAAUUUUGUCUGUAUGUCACAACUGUUAGUUGGUGUGUGAGCUGAUAUUUUUCCUGAGCCCUGUCCUUUUCUCCUCGGCACAGCUGUCAUCAGUGGCCGCGCAUUUGUUUGACUUGAGGUUUUUCGUUUUAAAGAGGGUUCCCUGUGUACAUAUGAAGGCUGUUGUUAUUUAAAUGUUAAUGUAACCUUUGGUCCUCGAAGGCCGACCAGGGUGGCUGUUCAAGGAAUGUGCUUUUCUAGCCACAGCAUUACUCUUGUAAAGAUUGCAUCUGUACCUGUUUCUUUUAACUUGGAUUAACAUAUGUCAUCUUACAGGUACUAACAAACAGAAGUCUUUUUUUUUUUUUAGUUUUACUUAUUUUACUUAAAAGUUGUAAAUGUCUCCUUAUAUUUUAGUUUGUAUACAGAAAAUGCAAUCUUUAUUCGCUUCUGUGAUUCCUGUAAAGUCCCAUAAAAUGGUGACCUCCAUGCCUUAAUGUGGUAUUUAAGGACCAGAUAUAUGCUCUCUGUGUAUUUCAAGGCGUUUUUCCUCCGUGUCAGAACCUAGCGCCUUUAUUUCCCACCGUGAUUGCAAACAGUUUGGUUUGGCUAUCUAUAAAGAUGGAUGGCAUGUUUCCAUCUGCUCCUGCUGUUCAAAAGUGUGACUGAAUCACCCCAGUUUUAAUCUGAAAUUUCACAUAUUUGAAAGCAGAGUCUGCAGGAGAGAUCAGCUAAUGUAGCCACAGUGUUGCCGUUCUGACAAACAGAAACACAUAAUGUUUGAAAGUUCAAUGAAUCUCGUGUUUCUGCUAAUCAGGAGCUGCAUUUGUCCGCAGAGCAGUCAAUCAUGGAGUCAUUCCUGUUCUUUUCUUUUUAGCAUAAAAUAACUAAUAAAUGGUAGAUCUGUCAUAAAUGUGGACACUUGGAUGUAAAUCAGUAUGAAGAAACUAACUUUAUUGACAGAAACCAUAGCUGAGAAAGUUUAGGUUUAUGUGUAUUUUGACUGUAAAGUUUGAUCUAUGUUCCAUCUGUUUACAUGGAGGAGGUGGGCUUAAUGAUCUAUACUGCAGUCAGUCGUUAGGCAGAGUUUUAAGUGUUUUGGCUGGGUUUUUUGGUGGUUUUGACUAUCUUUUUAUAUAGUCUGUGGCUAGAGCUGCAGCUAAUAUAGCCACAAGCUGCUAGCUCUACACAGAGAUGGACUGACUGCAGAGGUCUAUAAAGGUAACAUCCAUUAACCCUCAAAACUCUCAAAAAGUUUUUAGUCCUGAAUUUUGUUAACCCCUCUGGCACUACUCAAGGCAAUAAAUCAGAUGUUUCUCAGCUUCCUGAGAUGCAACAAAAGGCUUCAUAGAGGUAUUCCACACCUUAAGACCUGUAAACAUACUUUGAAGUGUGACAUUGAAGAGGUCACCCUUUAAUCUGCCAAACUCGCAGACUCCCAACCUCUGAGAGGAAACAGUAUUUUUCAGCAACAUGACUGUAAAAUUUAUUGUUGGAAACACCCAGGCCUGGAAAGACUUAGUGUAACUGGGGCUAAAACCACAUUUUGUAUUAAUCAGUGGAGCAUAAGUAUACCCUUUAACGGCUCUGAUUCACUCUGUUGGUGGCAUAAUUGGUCAGGUCAAUAGAAUAGUUGUAUUCUUAGUUAAACAGAGCAAUAGUGAGAUUCUUUUGUUUUAGCUCAUUCCAGCCGUUGUUAAUGGUGCCUCCAUUUCUGGAAUGAUUGUAAUUGUGCUGUUUUUCUUUAAAACUCUUAACCAUGUUGUUUGUUUUUUAUCGUUGAUAUGCCAAUGAUGUGUUCAGUUGUAAUGUAACUAUACACUGAAAAUGUGCUUUUAAAACCAGAAAUCCUGCCUUGAAAAACACAGCCUGAAAAAUCCUUCCCUUUCAAUCCUUCUUUCUUAUUUGUAAGUGUGUUGCAUUUUCAUAGAAAAUCUGCACUAAAUGUUUUUUUUUUUUUUUUUUUUCUAGAAUAGCUGAACAAAAAGGUUGGGAUGCUGAAAAAUGAAAUGAAGUUAAAAGGCUUUUAUUCUGAGAGAUUCGCUCCAAAAAUGCUCUUCAUGUAGAUUGUAAUAACACCGUAAUGCCUUUGCCUCGCUUUUAAUUUAAUAGUUUCUUCAUAGAGGAAGUGCAUGACCCUUUAUUCACUGUAUGUGUCAUUCAUGUACUUUUCAAGGGGCUGAAUAAAAUAGAUUUAAGAGAC